CCAGCCUAAAAAUCCGCAAUCACAUUUGAACAUCACGCUUGGCUCCGCCUACAUCCGCUUCCCAAUAAUCACAUUCAGACAGAUGUAAACACAGCGACAACAGGAGUCACUCAGGAGACGGCCUGACUUAAACUCGGCUUCAUUUUUCUUAUUUUUGUUGCUGUUGUUGUUAUAAGUGAUGUCCGCUGUAGACAGCGCACUGUCAGUGGCACAUUCAGUGGCUGUCAUCUUGUAACACGUGGAUUUUUCCACUCAACACCCUGUGUUUCUACAGAGCUAGCGGCGUGAACGAGGAAUUUGUAAGUAGCGGAAAACGGUAAUAUGUUUUUCUCUAGUGUUGUUAUUUAUUGUGUCUCUAUAUGAGCUAAAACAAAAAGGGAAUUCAUUGAACUUUAUUCUACCGGCUGCCAAGGGUGAGUUUUCAAACGUGCCUUUUCCGCAUGCGCCGUGCACGUUUGUUGUCACAUGUACGUGUACAACAAGGGAUGUUCAAGAGCGUUACACAAACUGACCAUAUCACUCUAUUGAAUUAACUUUUUAAAAUUCAUACGUAGACAGUGCUAACUCAUUGUGAAGACUUUUAUCUCACUAGUGAUAGUACCGUUAGCUUCACUGAGAUGUGGGACUCCUAUUACCCAUUCUGGUGUUUGAGACACCUGCAACUCAUGCUAUCAGCUAACUGUGCUAACUAUGAAAACGACAAGAAGUAUUAAUAAAUAGUGAGUGACUUAUGUUUUUAGUGAAACUGAACGUGUUUGGGUAUUGGCUGUAUAAAACCAGGUCGUUUCUGACUGAGGUGGGUAAACUGGAGCAGACUUUUAUAGGAGUGGCUGAUAAAGAUUUUAAGCUCACCUCAAACCAAAAUGGCUUAUUUCCACAAAUGUUACCCACUUCACCUUCAUGUUAGGAUGAUUUUCUUUAGCCAGUCAUGUCAGCCUUUAGAGCGUGGUGGAGCUGUGUCACUCAAAUACCUCGGAUACUUUGGUGAUAGAUUCCUGGAGCCAUGGGCUUCUAACAACCACCUUCAAUAAGGACCUUGUACCCAUUUUUAACAACCCUCAGGCUCCCAAAUUAUGGUGUGCUUUGUUAUUACCCCACAUGGAUUCUGGGUCUUCAGUCUUUGUUACACUUUUGGCAUGAUGACGCUGUAACCCAGAUCUGCAACCAGUAAAGCUUGUCAAAAUUAUCAUUCAGGUGGACCUUCCAUUCUUUCAAGUGUGAACAUGGGCUAGGCAUCCUUAAAAUUCUAAUUCGAAAGAAUCCAGAACAUGUUAAUUGUCGUGAAUAAACAGUAAAAUGGUAGACCAUGAGAAAUGUCACAAUUGCCCAGAUUUCCCAGAGCCAAAGGAUGAGACAUCUUCAUGAUUAUUUUGUCCAAACAGCAACUUAACUUAUUUGUAGAUUUGGUCUCCGCUGAAGCUAUGUGGAUCAGGAUUAUGAUAUUAAAGCCAUAAAAUCAUGUAGUGAUGAUAACCAUGGAAGGAUUAGGUAGGGUGCUGUAUUCCAAAAUUGACACUAUUGUGUUGUUUUUUGCCCACAGAGGAAAAAACAGAGAAUAUGGACUACUUGCCUGACGACAACUCCAGGUACAAAGAUGUUGACUACUGGGAUGACCGAUACAAGACAGAGCAGUGCUAUGACUGGUUGGGCAGCUUCUCCAAAUUCCAGCACCUUAUAGAACAACACAUCAAGAAAGAUGACUCUGUUCUGAUACUUGGUAAGUUGUUUAAUUUCUUCAGAUGCGUUUUCAGUUAGUUUGUUUGUUUUUUCGGUCAAGAAAUCCUGUAUUUACCAAAAAUCAAAAGGAAAAAGGAAAAAAAAAAACAAGACAAAGACUUGGUUUUCAUUGACAUAUUGAAACAGGCUGUCCACUUGUGAGAGACAUCUCCAAAAUAAUUUACUUUAGAAGGCCGCUUUAUUGUUAUCAAGUCAUCAUCAUUGCUCUAAAGUCUACAUCCUGAUGUUAAAGGCUAUUACGCCUGCUAUCAUUUGUCAUUAUGGGUCUCGGAUGUAAUCAUCACGGUUGUCAAUGAUGGCAUUAGCAUCUCUAAUGCUGCUGUUACGUCCCCUCAGGCAGCCAUGUGUCUUGAAUUGUCUCUUUGGUAGGGUAGUAGUGGAAGAGGGCAAAGUGCCUCUCAAUAAACAGGAUUCAAUAGAUUUGAAUGUGCAAACAUCUCCCACAUUAAUCACUACUUAAUUCAGGCUUAUGGCAAUCUUAGUAACAUCUGGUGAUGUUCAAGACUGCUUACAAUUUAAUGUGUCUUUGUGCUGUUAUAAGAAUUAUAUUAUUAGAAUUUGAAAUGAUCUGUUUAAAGUUAGUAACAAAUAUUCAAUUGGCCAUGCUAUGGGCACAUUUCAGCCAACACUAUACAACAAAAUACAAAUAAAAAGGUCAAAGUCCAACAUCACUUUAUCUACUUUUUUAUAGGCUGAAUUCUGGUGUCCUCACUGAAGUACACGUACCUUUUAUAAAAAAAAUCUUCUUAUGCCUUUUUACAGCUUAAAAGUCUUAUGAAACACCCAGCAUUUCCUCUUAUUUCUGUAAGUUUUUAGUCAAAGGAACACUUCUUUAAUCAAACAAGCUGAACCACCAUGUAGUUUACACAAACAUCCACAGGAUGUCACUGUGCUCCUACAGAACAUAGCCGCUUUUGCUUGCACUCAGCACUACCUGCAGCACCUGCUUUUAAAUGGCACUGCAGCUCUGUAAACCGUGCUGCAAAAACACUUGAGGCAUUGAAUCUGUGUUUAUGAAGUCUGGAUGUUAAUUGGAGUUAUUCAACAUGUUUGUAUGAUUGUAUUGCAAGCAGUUUUUGGAUAUAAGUGGUUCCCUCUUGGUUUAGUAUUGAUUACAAACUAAUGUUACAUUGCAUCUGUUCAUCAUUUAAUUAUUGAUUUGCUAUUUGUGCAACAAUAGCCAUAGAAAGUGUUUAGCCAGGGAUGUUGAUUGUUACGAUUAUCACUGAUGGAGUUACUCUUGAUACAAUGAAAUCAAUAGCAUCUUUAAUGCUAUAUCAAACACUUCAAAUGUUGUAAGGACUUUCUUUACCUUGAUUUAAUUCUUUAGCUCUACAUUAGGACAAGGUAAAGGCAGAAACACAAGCUUCAAAGUCUUUUGUUCCUAGACUGUUAUACCUCUACUGAAGCAUAGGGGGCUGUGGUGGUCUGCUUUUCUGUUUGGAGCCUUGUUGAUGCAUGCUCAGAGGAGUUUGCGUGGUGUGUGUCUGUGUGUGUUAGGGGGUUUGUUAAAUAUGUGUCAGGGAGCGACAGGGCUUCUGCUCUGUGUGUGUGUAUGUGGGUAAUAAGGGAGGGGUGCUGACAAGGAUUUUGAAGUUGGGUAUUUGUUGGUCGACAAAUGUCCGCACUUGUUUUGCUGCUGUCUCCUUACAGUGUGAACCUCUGGACAACUCAUAUUCCUGAAUCUGUUCCUUGUGAAAAUAACUAUGCACGCUUGUAAACUGUCUUUGAAAUGCAUUGAAGGUAAAGUGAUCGAUAGACAAAUGGAUAAUGUGCUGCCUCACUUUUUCAGUGUGCGUCACAGGCACACCUACAGCAGAGGCGUGAGUGGGCUCUGGAGUCUGAUGUACAAGAUAUCUUCUCUCGCUUCGCUCUGCGCUACUCUACAGCAGGCAACACCAGGGUAGACCACUUUCUGCACGCUGAUUUAAACCCAAAGGAGAACCAUUAUAUCGCAUGAGAGCACUCAUCUCAGAGGGCAUCUCUCUCUCUCUCUCUCUCCCGCGCUCUCUUUCUCUCUCGAUUUUUCCCUCCUCACUAGAUCGCGGAAUCGCACGUUUCUGUCACCAGCACGUGUUCACAUCUUCUUCAACAACACAUGCACAGAUAAGACGCUAUAUAGAGAAGUGUAAAGAUGUGUGAACCAUCACGUGUUGUGCAGACAUGAAGAGCCCUUAAAAGCACUUAAGUAAGACAGCACCUGGACAACUGCCUGCCACGGUGGCAAACAAUUCCCAGCUAAACUCGCUUGUCAAGUCUGUAAAACCAGAGAGACUUUCAGCUCAUAUGAGGUGACACAAUAAAUCACCGUCACUAUAGGGGAAUAGGAUAAAACUUGGCAGAGAGGAGGGAAGAUGUGAAGAAAGACUCGGGGGUGAGAGAUGGAUGAGAGGUAAAUAACUAAUCAGGUUUGGACUGCUCAGCUGUCUCAGAUGGAGGUCAUUUCCAUUAAGAUAAUCUGGCCAGCACAGAGCGAAAGAGAGGGAGACAGGGAGCUACAAGGGAGGGAGGGAGGGAGGGGGGCAUAAAUGAGGAGAACCAGAGUGCUCUGCUGCAUGCUGAUGACAGUUUUGAUAUCUCUCUCCUUCAACAGGGAAUAUUUUUGCUGUGUUUCAGUUCAUGUCCUCAGUUAAUCUGUGAAGUUUCACUGCUACAGUCUCUUCACACGCUGUCAGCCUUUGUUGACCUUGAUCUCCCCCACCCAACUUCUAUCUGCCUGCUUUAUUUUAAAACCUGCAGAGAUUUCUUCCUCAUCACAUCAUUCCUCCGCCCCACUCUCUCAGUAACCCACUAUUGCCUUUAACUAUAUGAUCCAUUCUUUGUCAGCUAACUCCUAGUCAGCAGUAUUAGCGUGACGUCAAGUAAAACCGCACACAGUCUUGUCUCUGUAUGACAACAGUUUAACAAUAAUCUGAAAUGAUACCAGAAUAUGUAAGAAUAAAAAAUCAAACACUGGUGUAAUCUCGUCUAUUUUUGGGAUUUCAUCAGAGGGGAGGUGACGCAACUGAAGUUGAAAUAGGAUCAUAAUAUACAAUUCAUUUUGAAUCUGUAAGCUUUAUUGGCAAGAAAGUUUUAAGAACAAUGUCACCGGAGCAUCAAAAUACAUUUUGUGGAAGAUUUAGGUAGAACAUCGUCACAGAUUAAAGUCUGGUGAUGGAGGACGUCACAUGAAAGACCAGAAUAACAUCAAGGUGAUCAAACAAACAAGAGUUUUGUUGUGCUUCUAAAGCCUGAUUUAACUUUUCCUUGAGCGCCAGAUCCCAUUAUCCUGCAAAACAAGUUGUUAUCAUCAUUUAUUUGUGUCUGUUUUUAUUUUCAGGUUAAAAUAAAAGGUUUGAAGAGGAUAACUACAGACAGGUUAGGAAAUCAGAAACUGCUAAAAGUCGGGCAAACUCAUACGUGGCUGUAUUGUAGGAAUAUUAUAUUAUAGGAAUUUGUUAAAAUAAAAAGAGAAUUAUUACCAGAAUUCCCUUUUUAAAGGAAUAUUUUAAAAAGUGAUUUUCAAUUUGAAAACGAUAUAUAUUUAUUUUUACAAAAUGAUAGAUAUUUGUCAAGAUAUUCACUUGAUUCAUAGAGAAGAAACACUUUAUCCAUUUUAACUCUCUCCUCUAAUGUCUGACCCACACACUGAACCUGUUCUAAUAUUACACUGUUGUUGAUUUUUUUCAUAACAGCACAAAAGUAGAAACAGUAUUGAUGUUCUCGUCCCUUUGGGAAAGACAAGGUGGUAAAAUCAUUCAUAAUAGCUCAUCUAGGUUGGAAGCUGACUGCCUACUCAGACACCCACUCCAACCACAGUGACAGGAGGUCAGCGUUGUUGUUUGCUGGCACACGCCGCUGAAAGUUUCCCAUUUUGAAUCCAAUGAAAUUUUCUUGGAAUAAUGGGUUGUAAGUCAGCAUGAAUUUAGAAGUGAGUUGGCUCUUAAAUUAGCCUGCAGUCAUGUGAAAAGACUGUUCCAAGAACGCGAGUGAGGCUUGUAUUUUAAAUGCUACACAAAUGACAUGUUAGUGAAUGUCUUAUUCGGUUUCGUAAUGUGACACAACCAUGCUCAGUUUUAGCUUCAUGGUAGGCUGGAGUCUGCAGUGGUGUGUGUCAGAGCAACGCCUCAAGCAAGUCCUGACCCCUCCACCCCACCUGACCUGUAUGUGUGUUAGCCACAUUACCGAGCAUUAACAAUGAUCAGCCGGGUCCAGUUCCUGCCUCACAGAGCCACGCUCCUUCUUUUACUGCUCGCUCCAGGCUGCUGCUAGUGAUGUAAUGACCCCACGUCUCCCAGUGGUCAGCGCUCAUGCCUCAUUCCCCCAAGGCGAGUGCCGAUGAUGUAAUGGCUCAGCUCUCCAGCGGUGAGGGGGAUUGAGAUUUUUAUGUUCCUAAUAUGUUCUCUACAUGUUAACCCCAAUGCUCUCUGUGUGGAGGGUAAUGACGCCAAACCUCGUCAGUCAGUUUCUGACCACAGGGCUGCCGAAACAUGUGUAGGUGAAACCAGUGCUAACAUGGAAGAAAAGAGCCUGUGGAGUGCAUGCUAACACACAGAAUGUUACUCAGGAGGAUGUCUACAAUUAAUUAAGAUUUCUCAGACCGUUCACAUGUACAGAUUUGCCAAAUUUCAUACUUUUACAUCCAAAUGAUGGUUUCGUCUGUAGGUUUGAUGGGGUUUGCCAGUAUAUCAACAGCCUGUUGGCUGUUUGCCUGCUGCCAUCUGGGUUUGUUGUUUUGCCUUGGUAUUCUUCCGUGUGUGAGUGUUUGUGUGAGUGUGUGUAUUUGUUUAUAUUUAGUGCUGCGCAUUAGUGCUGGUUUUGUUUUUAUCACCAUAGUAACAAAAAAACACUGGGAAUAAACUCCUCCUGUCAGACAGGUAAAAUGCAUGUAAAUCAUAUUCAUACACAUUGACUCUCACCAUAUUUGACCUUUCAGACUUGAGACUCGAAUGUAUGAUCCCCGUGUUCAUACCACUUGGCAAAGAAGACUAAAACCCCAGCUUGCUGUCAGCUGCUCUCAGAUACAUUGGUGUCAGUUUGAUUGUCACAGUUUUAAAGGCUGCUAAGGUUUCUGAGGAAGCUGAGCAACUGUAAAAACAAUGCUGUUGACGAGGAUCCUCUGAGUAAGAAGAAGAGCACAUUUCCAACUUGAACUAUUCUGUAUGAAUUAUUUCAUCCCAAUUCCCAAAAUCAUGUGGACAUUCAUCAUCAUUAUGCACAUUGGAUUUUUUUUCCUGUAGUCUUGUCCUGAAGUUGGACCUAUUAUUUAAUCCCUUUGCUGAAAUCAGCUGGAAAGUGACACAUUUCUAAUUGUACCAGCUUCUAAAAUCUGUGUUUCUCUUCUUUGAGGGCAAAAACGACAAGAAAUAUUUCCAGUUUGAUCACUAAAAUGUUUUUUUUGUCUGUGAGUUCCUUCAGCGCUAAAGAUACACAGAUCCAGAUCGUAAAGGCAGAGUUACACUGACAGGAUUAAGCACAAGUUCCUUUAACUUUAACUUGUAUCUGCACUCCAAGAUGAUGUUUUAGAGGACCUAACACUUUUUUUUUCAUUUUUCAUUUUUUUAUCCCUCCCACAAUCCCAUCCCACUCAAAGGUGAGCUAUCCUAUGAAUCCAUAACAGCAUGUAAACAGUACAGAAUACACACAACAAAUACAUGAAUAAGGAAAAUGAUAAGGUAAACAAACAAAUGAAAUGUAAAGAAAAAAAAAACCUUUUCAGUAUUAAAAUUUAUGUCUUAAGUCCUCAUUCUGUCAUGCUUAAUUUAGUUUAAGGUGUCAUAGUACUCCUAAGUAAAUGUUUCCAGGACUGUGGGAUGCAGUUGAAUAGUCCAGAAAAGGUUAUGAAUGACAGACGAGUUUGAAAGCAAAAUUUCUAUGCAGCUUGCCAUCGUCUUUCCAGCCAAGCCAAGAAAGUAAUCAGUGGGAUGAAUUGAUAGUAAAAUAAAGUCUGCUCCUGCCCUACUGUUCAUGCAGCAGACUAUAACUGUAGACUGGCUCAACCCUCUUUUAAAUGUCCUACAUUGCUCCCUCUGUAGCUCACCCACUGACACCAUUGUCGUGUCAGUUUGUGGGUCCCUGUGGCUCAUGAGGGUGAUGUAAGUGGUGAUUAUUGGCAAGGGAAUUGUGACAGACCACGAGUGUGACUGUUAAAGUCAGCUGUUCUGUAACUAUGUAUGGCGCAGGGCCUUGACUGCAGUGACAUUACAUUGCUAAUAAAGAACAUUACUACAUGCUAGCAACAAUGUACAGUCUUCCCCCCGCCGCUUUGUCUGCCUCCUACAUGCCCCGUCUUGCCCAUUUAUUCCACACACCUGUUGCCUUCUCUCCCCCUCUUAUGCGUGCUUCCCCGCACCUCUUAACACUCCCUCACUUCCUCCAUUUCUUCUUUGCUUUCUCACCUUACUUUUUCCUUGGCGACUGUUACCUCAUUUAUACCCACCCUGCCCUCCCCUUUUCCUACUUGUCAGUUUUUGAUAUCAAAGACAUCCACCUGGGUGCCUUGAGCCAGUCUGGUUAUAUAUAGAUGGAGCCGAGGUGUUUACAACUGUGCUGGUAGCUGUGAGAGAUGCACUUUCCUCAGGAGAGUCCAGCUAACUGUUGGGGGGCUAUUACGUUGAGCGAUGGCUCAUUCAGAAAUUGGCCUGCCACUAGAGAUGUAGACAUUUUUAGGCCAGCUCUCAGCCACUAAUGUUUGUAUGACAUAAGUGUACAGUUUUGUAUGCUUGUAAUUACUAUGUCACUUCAUGUAACACACACCAGUGUAACUGUACAUCUAGACAGUUAGGCUGUGGAGUAAAUUCCUCCCAAUGAGCAAUAGACGGCUAUUAGACGUCUAGUUUUUUCUAGGCCUAAUUUCAACCGUCUAGAUUCUGUAUAUUUUAAGACAGAAUUUAGACGUUGCACUUUAACCCAUUAUUCGAUAACUAUCUAUUUCAAAAAGCAACUGUGAGUUGCAUAACUGAUCUCCAAGUACUUAACCAAAAUAAUUAUGAUAGCAGUUGGGCAACAUACAGUGUACUAUAGAUAUAACUCAGAUUGAGACUUGAUCUAAACUUGGUCUAAAAAAACUCCCAGUGGGAGGAAUUUACUCCACAGCCUAACUGUCUACAUGUACAGUUACACUGGUGUGUGUUACAUGAAGUGACAUAGUAAUUACAAGCAUACAAAACUGUACACUUAUGUCAUACAAAAAAACUCCCAUUUUUAGACCUGAGGUAGCCUGAUUUUAGACCAGUCGUCUAGGCUACAUUUAGAUGUCCAUUAGACCUCUUUUAGACUAAAAAAUGCUCAGUGGGCUCCCAGCACAUGCUGAAAGAUUCUGCAGGGCAUGAAUACAGUCUGAUGUUUCUUCACGUGUCUUUUUCAGCUCUCACUUGACUGCAAAUUAUGCCAAAAGGACAAUUUUCUCUGUAUGUCAAAGCAAAAUUAGAGACGAGCAGGAUCUGAAGAAACCUAUGAUUAAAAAUGGACAAGGUUGUAGACCAGUGCUGGAUUUUCAGGCCCCCAGGCAGCUCCUCAUCAAAAACAGACUUAACACUGUAGUGGGAAACACAAUGGACUCAAAACCACUUCCAAAAAAAAACAGUGUCUUUGCGUACAAGUCAUGCUUAAAUCUGCAAAUUCAGAUAAAAACUGGACAAAGGAAAGAGCAUGAUCUAGAAAAUGCCAGCAACAUUCAGAAGUGGUAUUGGUGCCAUACACAUCUGUGAAGGCACUAGUAAUGCUAAACAUUAUAAACGGUUUUAGAACAACAUGCUGCCAUCAGGUUUAUUACAUAUUUCACCAAUAAAAUGACUACAGUAUAGCUCUGUAUGCUGUUUAUUUCUCGGUAUACCCAUGCAGUGCUUGCCAAACCGGGGAAUCUACAGUGCUGGCUGAGGAAAGGGAUUUCAGUUCAGUGUUAACAGGGAGAUCCGAGGUGACAGCCCUCUCACAUCCCUUUUUUCUGCAGUGUUAGAAACGCACCCCCACACACAAGCACAUACACACAAAUACGCACUGACUCAAAAUGCUGAUGGGAUGGAAAGCCACUGGCAUCACACAGAGAGAGCGUGGGGCUAGAGUGAGGGAUUUGAAGUCAAGAGUUAUGUCUUGGCAGAUAUCAGAUAUAUCAGCAGAUGUAGCUGGUAUCAGAUAUGUUGUUGCUCAAGGAAAGAUGAAACCUCAUUUCUCAAUGCAAGUUUCCACAUCUUACCUCCUAAUGUUUCACCUCCUGCAAUCCUAUUUUCCUCUCCUUCGGACCCCCUCUCUUAUGUGUCUCACUUUAACACACAGACAUGCACACACACACUUCCGUCUCACACUUGGAAUAACAAGAGUGAGGAAGAAGCGUUUUUGGUGGAGGUAACAGAACCACGAGACGGGCCUCUGCCAUUUCACAUUUGCCCUUCCUUUGUAUUGACUGCAGCCUUUCUUUCCUGUGACUCGGACACAGAAUCCAUCUGAUCAGAUAAACUUGCAUCAGCUCUGCUCUCCCCGUCACUGUCCUAGUUUGUGCUGGCAGUGCCAUCCACCUUUUUCAUGGGAACAUUUAGGAAGAAUACAGUGUUGAUUUAUUGUAUUUGAAGGAGGUCUUAUUCUCUGAGGCUGUGACAGGCUCUGUUAUCUUUUAAGGGAGUGUCUGAAUUAUAUUGCUUUGAAAGUAUGGAAGGGUUUCCAUGUUUUUUCGAGUUAUAAUGAGCGACAAUGAGGCAGCAAUAUUACGUUGGGUUAUUUUGGUCAGGAACAAGGUGAUGCAGUGAUGAAUUAAGCUCCAAACUAAAUCAGGAGGGGUUGAUGUUUUUGUAGUGUCCUCUUGCGCCAAGCGGGGGAACACACACACACAAAUACACACACUUCGAUAUUUUCUGUUGAUGCAAACAAAAGCUCUGCUCUUACCUGGAUGGGAUACAAAGCUGCAGCAGAUUAGGUGUGCUGUGUGAAUGAAAGGCAGGGUGGAUGAAUGAAUGAAUGAAUGAAUGGCUGCAUGGAUGGAUGAAUGAAAAUGGAGGUGGAGGAGGGUGCACCUUGAGGCCGAUAGACUUGUACCCCUGGUCUUUUCCCCCUGUCUCGGUCCUCCCUUCCCUCCCCUUCUCCUCCGCCUCCUGAUUGGCCACUUCGUAAUUCAUUUUUUUCUCGGGGAGCCCUAACCAUGCAGCAGUCAGUAAGUCAGUAAGGGCAACCCCCCCUCUCCCCUUCCCCUCCCUCCCUUCAUUUUGCCGCUGUAAGGAGUGGUUCUGUUUAUGAAUGAGCCUCGGAGCCGCAGAAUGUGAAUGAAAAAUAAGAGCGGCAGCAAGCAGAUAUGGGUGCUUGAAUGAAAUGCAUCAGAAGAUGGAUGGAAAAUGGUGGAUGGAGACCUUAAGGGCUGGAUAGAGUAGAGGAGGAGAGCGGAGGUGGUGUGUGGGGCAUUAAAAAUGAGGAUACGUGGGUAAUUUUGUUGGAGAAAUAGCAAUCUAUCUGCUGUUUCCCUUUAGAGAGACCGUUUCAGUGUGUGUGUGUCUCAUCAGUAUGCAGAUCAGGGAGGAUGCUGGGAAGGUGGAUACCUGUGCUGGUGGCUGCAGUGAGCAAAUAGGCAUCUCCAAUACCUCACACACAAACACACUUAUGCUUACUGCUUUCUCUGGUAGCUGGUGGUCCGUGCUUUGAAUAAUAACGGGGUUACCCGGGCAACCAGGCUAGGAUGAUCGAUGAGCCCGGCCCUGAUAAACAGAGCACAGAGCGAGUGUGCUUGAGUGUGUGUGUGUGUGUGUCACAGGGUUUCUCAGUGUCGCAGUGGGAGUUUCUUUGUUCUGAGACAAUUGGAAGAUAUCUUACUAUCAAAUCUCUUCUGACCUGUGAUUAUGUGUGUUUGUGUUUGCAUGUGGGUGCGUGGGGGAGACACAGGCACACAGGAUUCAUGUGUGGUGCGAUUGCUGUUUGUGUGUGGAUGUGGAGGUUCAUCUUUUUCAGUGAAUGAGUCUGUUCUCAAUGACACAAAAAUACCCUUGGUGAGAGGGUAAGUGCAGGCGUACUGUGGGGGUGAACGCGCGCUCUUCUGACUCAUUCACUUAAGGUAAUAAUACAGCCACUGGAAGGAAAGAGGGUGUCUCACUGUUACUCACCACCACACAGUGUGCAAAUUAUAAGUUAAUCCAACGAUUUGAACUGGCCACUUGAUCUGAUUAAAUACGUGCUGCACACAAGUACAUUUAUAGAAGUGCUGCUGUUGUUGAGAGGGAGUUAGCAUGUUCAGAAACACAAAGCGGUUUGAACGACAGUUGAAAAUGACAAAGAUGGGUAAGAGAAAACAAAUACCACACCCAGAGAGAUCUUUGCUCUAAUUCACGGUCAUAGUCUCAAAUGUUCUCACACAUAUGGAGGGUUUUACUUCGACAGACAGGCAAAGACAUUUUAAUGAAACUAUUUUUUACAAAUUAUAUUGCAGAGAUAAUUUAUAAAACAGCUAAUAUCUGGCAAGGGAACCUUCUUGGCUUCUUUUAGCAGCAUCUGUGUGUCAGCACAUCAUAAGCAGAACAAGAAGUUUAUUAGAGGUCAGUCAAUGUCAAAGAAGUCAUAAAAGUCUUUUGAGUAUGUGUGAACUAAACAAAUGAUAACUUCGACAACAGUGACUGACAAGUGUGAUGUCAAAGGUUUCAGGAACCCGAAUUAAACAACAAAAAGAAAAUGUUAUUACUUUUUCUUCUCUCAGGAAGCAAUAUCCCCAAUAAGCUGGAUAAUCCAUCAAAUACUGAGUCAGGAGUUUUUGAGGAAAAAAGUCAUUCCUGGAUAAUCCAGAAAGAAGGAAAUGUUGAUAAACUGACAGACUGUUUUUUGCUGACUGUCAGUAAUAUUGUUGUCAAUGUUGAGAGGACCGGACUCUGUUAACCCCAAAUAUUAGACAUGACUACUGCGUCUGAAUAGGUAUCAUAGACUGUCUAAGAAAAGGCACCAUGAGUGUUUACUGAAAGUGACGUCAAAUGAUUUAGAGCUCCCCCUGCUGAGUUGUUGCAGUAAAGGUCUUAAACAGAUAGAACAUGGGUCUGUGUUACAGCAGUAUAAUUUGUUGGUGUCUGUAAAGUUUGGCUUCACUUCUUGGAGUAGGUUAAAAUGAAAGCAUUUACAGUCGAUGACAAAUAUUUGUGGGUAAUUUUUGCGGAAUUGUACCUUGUUAAUUGUUUCAUUAGACUUGUUUCAAGGGUUGUUGCUGCUGGUUGUUGGUCUAAAUAAUUCAUCUUGCAUUUUAAAAGGUUUCACUCAAUAUUCUGUUAUUGUUAUAAGUGAUCCCUGUGUUAGGGCUGGGUGAUAAAGCGAAAAUUUACGAUACAGAAAUUUACAACAAUAACUGAUGUCAUUUUGCCCAUAUUGGUAUAUUCAAUGUAAAAAAAAAAAGUUGGUUUUGGAUGUGUGUAGGUAGGCUAUGGUCUCAUAACCUUUAAGACGCUGUCCUACGUCAGAAACAUGACUCCACCCCAUCCAGUCCGUAACAAAGAGGGAAAGACAGGUGAGGAGAUGGAGGACGGUUUGAAAGUUGUAGCGGCUGGAGCGGCAGCUGAAGUAGACAAAGUUAAUGUGGGAAAGGUUGAGCAGCUUGUGCAGCAGUUAUCGUCCAUUUAUCGUUAUCAAGGUGAACUGAUCAAUAUAUCAUGAUAUUGAUUUGAGGCCAUAUCGCCCAGUCCUACCCUGUGUGGACGAGGUUUGUUGAGAUGGAAUCUUGGCCACAAUCUGAAACGGAGAUGGUGCCAGGGUAGAGAGCAGGAAGAGGUCAUGACUGGUCAUGGAUGUCGUUCUUUUACAGGUAGACAAAGAGCAGCUAUUGUAUUUAAACUGCCCAGGUGUUGUCUCUGUGUGGGAAAUACUGAGUAGCACCAGUACAGUAGCUGUGAAUGCAUAAAUAUAAUGUUAGCCUUCUUGAAACUGUUGGGAAACAGUCCGUUUGAAAUUGAUUGAUUUUCUGUCACAGACACGAUGUUCCAACAAACCUGAGUGGUUGCUUGUGGACUCUCAAGAAUUUAAUGGUGAUUGGCAUUCACAUAACCUUCUCUGUCUGCACUGCACACCUCUGCAUCACAUUAGCCUCACUCCCUCCCUCGCUCCUCUCUUCCUCUCGCCUCUUCCAUUUCUGCCUGUCCUCUCUCUUCCUCCCUUCCUCCCUCCCCUGUUAGAGAGGAGGAGGAGGUGGAGGAGGAGGAAGGAAGAGUAGCUGCUGAGAGGUGCAUCUGCAGCCAAAGUCGCCUCUCAAGAGCUGGAGUGUCAUCCUGGAGCUCACAGUGCAUUUCCCACAAAGACAUUAUGUCGACCUCAAAGGGGGGUCAUCUAAGUGGAUUCAGAGAUGCGGUGCUCUUUUUGUAUGAAUGCCAAGAGACAAGCCUCCCUCGCUGUGACAGUCGCUGCACGUUGCAGCACAAAAUAGUCACUUCUCUCUGACCUUGUACACACAAAUCUGUGAUUCCAGGGACAGACUCUGUCCUUAAAAAUCAACAUAAAUCAUUAAAAUAAUGUCAUGGACUCUGCAUACACAUACAGGCAGUUGAAGCUUUUAGAAAAUGAUCAGAUUCAGAGGGCUUAUCAGCAUAAACAAGUAAACAAUGCUGAUGUGCACGACGCAGGGAAAAUGAAGCACAAAUGGCCUUUUUAUUAAGCCAGAGUGACGUAGCUUUUAAGUAAUCCUGUUAUGUUUGAAGGGGAUCAGAAUUAUCUCUAUCAUAAGACGAGCCUAAAUCCCCGAGGUUUUUAAGUGUUUGUGAGAUGAGAGAUACCUAAGAGCCUCUGCAGCGUCUGCAUCAGUAGGUAUACUACAGUUAGCUGAGCUAUUAAAACUCUGGUUAUCUUUAAAGUGCUUCUGUAUGUGUAUAUAUUGCAUGCCUGCAGAAAAUGUCCAUGCACACAAUUAAUUACAAACUUUGCUUACAUGUUUGGGACCUUUACAGAUACAGUACUACAGUGGUACAGUGGUUGGAUGUUUCUCUGCUCCAACACACCUGAUUCAAAUGAUCAGCUCGUUAUCAAGCUCUGGAAUGGUUUCAUAACGAGCUGAUUAUUUGAAUCAGGUGUGUUGGAGCAGGGAAACAUUCAGAACAUGCAGGACGGGGGGGCUCGAGGACUGGACUUGAUAACCACUGUAGUACUAUGAUGUUAAGGAUCUUCGGUAGCUUGUGAGAUAUAAAAAGAGGGUUUUAGCACUGUGUUCUGAGCCUCAAUAGCACCAUUAACCCAUUAUCACAUAUCUUCUGAGUAGGGAAAGCCCUGUCAGCGAGGUAAUGGCUCUGAGUGUGCGUCAUCAAUGUCCCAGUGCUUUCUGCGCUCUGUAGUGACGUACUGUUGCAGCAUGCCUGUUGUGACAAGAUUGAGUUACACACUUAAAUCACUUGAGAAUAGGGAAGUUGCCGGGUAAUUUCAGAGCCUUUGUGUAAAUCUACAACAAGGUACAAAGAAGCAGGAGAUGUAAUGCAGUACAUGACAGCUCACUGAGAGGACUGCACAAGAGAUUUUAUUGUGGGGAUAAGAUGCCCCUAAUCCACAGUCAGGGGCGUAAAAAGUCUAAAGACUGGUCUAUAUUAGUAGUCAUGUGGUCUCUGCAGCCUUAUGUAAAGGAUGGUGUUAAACACUGCAGCUGUCUCACUGAGGUUGAUAGGUUUUUAAUGCAGCAAGUCCCAGGGACCCAUGAGUGGUGGUUUGAGUGGUCCCUGGGAAAUUGAAUGGGUACUUGGUAAGAAAAAAAAAAGGUUUCUCGAGAAGAAGUGAGGGCUGCACAAGGGUUGUUGGUUUGAAAACAAUAUCGGGUCUUUUAGGGGGGAGUUUGAACGUUCUCCUCAUGCAUGUGUGGGGACUUGGAGGGCAAAAACCAAUGUAGAAUAAAUACCAACAUUUUAGAAGACUAUACUCUUGUUUAUCCCCCACUGAGAAGUCAACUUUAAGCUUUAGAGAAUUCAAGUCUUAUAAAUCCCUGUAAAUACCAUAUGCUAACCUCCCCGUUUCUUUUUUUUCCUAACCAACUCUAUAUCUUUCACCCUGACACUGCGUCACCGUCUCUUCAGAACACAUCACUAAUCUACUGUCCUCCAUCGGUGUAAGACCCCCACUGCAGCUAGGUUGUCAAAUACACUGAUUGUUUUUUUUUCUUUAUUUGUGUGUGUUUGUUUGUCCAAUAGGAUUUUUUGGCUAGCGCUUACUCUCCAUGAGGCGGUCCCUUCCACUCUUACAUAAUGCUGCUUGUAAUGCUGCCGGCACAGACUAACAGACCUCCACCUCUGCAUCAUCAAGUUAAUCGGCGUGUCCGACUGUCCCUUUGAGUCUGUGUCUGUGGAUCCGUCUUUUUGUCUGUUUGUUGCUCUACUUUUGUCUGAGUUACGUUUAAAUAUUCCAACAUUUUCCUCUGUCUCUACUUUACUUUCUUAACUGACAGAUGUACUCACUGAGUCUGUGCUUGUCUGUUGUUAAUUCUGUGUCUGUCUCUUUGCUCUGUUUGUGGACUCAACUUGUCAAUCUCUGCUUUAUUUUCCUGGCUGUCUGUACAUCUUUUCUCUCCAUCUCUCACUUCUGAUAUAGCAUGCAUAACAGAGUUAGUUCAGCUCCGUCGUGAUAUUCUUACGUAACUCUACAUUUGCCUUUGCGCUCUCCCUUAUCUGGACGGCACACACACACACACAUGCACACACAGAGGACAUCUAUUGGGAAUCAACAUCACAAUCUUUUGUCUCAUUUUAGUGGGAAUAUCAGAUUUUAUAUUGAACUUGUAAUCUGUGUGUGUCUGGAUGGCGUGUUCAGUUUUGUGACGAACAAUAAAAACAAUGAAAAGUUUGUCUGAAUGAACAGCAGAGACUUCUUGUGGCCAUUACAACUCUUUAGGAAGUGUGUUUGGUGACUUUUCCUGAAUAUUUUGUAUGGAGUAAUAGUGUUGCAAUGAUUUCUGACCAGUAUUAGCAAGUUCUUACUGGAGUUUCUCUCAGUUUCUAAUAGAUGUUCCUUGUAUUUUUCAGUGUUUUGUAGCAGUUUUGCUGAAAUUACUUUUAAUAUAUAUAUAUAUAUAUAUAUUUUUUUUUUCAUUUCAUCAUUUGACAUGUUGUCUGUGGAGAGAAUGUAGGUUUUGAGUUUGCAAGCUAUCAGACUCUAUCAACAUCUGAUACAGUGUCCUCUCCUACAUUUUCAGAAUUAGGGUUACACAAAUUAAGGCCAUGUAUCAAAUAAAGUGGAUCUUAAUAUAGUUAUAAAUAUUCAACUGAAGGGUAAAUAAAGGAGUUCCUACCUGAUUUGAGGGAGUACAUAACAUAGCCUCAAAGUAAUUGAGAAAACACUUGAGCAAAUACUCAAAUUAUUUCCCGCAUGCAAGAUUAUUUUUGACCCACCCUCUUUGAUGUCAGAGUAAAGUCGGCAUCACCAAAAACUAAAGUAUUGACUUUCUCUCCUAGGGUGUAACAUGAUAAUCAAAGGGGUAGAGGGAUGACGCCCAGAGGCUCUGCUUCUCGGCAUGAUCAAAUCACAAGAAUGUUUUCUCCAAUGUGCAUUUUACUGUGUUCCUGCAGCAUUUCUGCAGCCUCGCUAAAGUGUUCACUCCAAAUAGAAGCAGGAUGAAGAAUUUCAGCAUGUCACUUCUGCUUGGCUGCUGUGCCCUCUACUUUUGAUCUCUUCCAGUCACAUGCUUUACAGUGGAUGUUUUUAGGCAGAAGGGUACUGAAGGGGAAGUGGUGCAGUGAUGAGUGAAAAGGUAUUUUGAGGAAAAGUCUCACGUUUUAGAGGGAGGAUUAUGUUGUCCAGUGGUGCUAGGAUUAACUAGCGCCAUUAGAGCGCCACAGAUGACGGAGUGUGCGUCGCCUGUUUACAGUAUGUAGAGGGAAAUGAGGAGCAGAUGUUUUUCAUAGCUUUACUGUUUAACUUGAAAAUACGCGCACACAAACAGUUUUAAAAAAGAGAACAAAAGGAGAAAAAGAGAGGGAAAAAUCUUCGAGGUUCAAGCCUUGUAGUCGGUUUAAUGUUCAACUUAACACAAUCCCUGCAGUAUUUAAACAGGUUAGACUGUAUGAGAAGAAAGAGACAAACUAAACCACUAUUGCAGAGUCAAUUUCUUAGCUUGUUUCCAUGGAUACCUACUCCCUAAGACGAUAUUUAUUUAAAAUCACAUUGUUAUGCAUUAAGUUUACUGUUGGGACGUAAAGAGAGGGUGUUAUUUCUGUGCAGGCUUAGUGAGUGGGAGAAGCAACAUGGACCACAGCUUGUCAUAUGUUGGAUGCUGCUUGAGUGUUGUUUGAUACUAAAGGGAGAUUAUGAAUAGUGUGGGCAUUUCAUUUACAGUUCACCGAGCACCAUCUGUCUCAAUUAGACCGGAUUUUUACUUCAGCAUCGCACCAAAUGAAAUGUCCUCUUUGACUUUACCUUUUUACCCAAGAGGGUUUUUUUUUCUCCUGCAGCCUAUUUUAGUAAUUUUAGUAAUAGUAAUGGUUUGGGUAGAAACAAGAAUAUCUGUGAUAUUUAUCAGGGAACCCAAAGUAGUGGUCUGUACUACUCCAGAAAAAAAAGCCCUGGUAAAAAUGAGUCAGAGCCAGUUACAGCACGGUAAUGGUUGCCACCUCACUGAACCAUUACAGGCGGGUUAGUGUCCUGAUGUGUCACGGGGAGUGUAGGGCAGGGCAAUCAAUCGAGUUUGGAUUUCAAUUUGGAUUUAGGCUCCCCGUGAUUGAAAAGAUAUGUUAAUUGAGAUUAAAUGGUUACAGUGGUGCCUGCCAGUCUGACAACAGCCACUCUUUUUUCACAGUAGAGCUUGUGUUAGUUUGUUAAACUUAUCUAGAGUGAGAAGACAAGUGUGCAGCAACUGGAACUGGACUAGCAAGAGCGAUUGAAGACGUUGUGAUGAAGCAAAAUUUGUGUCAUAGGGACUUUAUUAGCUGCUACACUACUUUUAGCCGCUCAGAGCUCCGAGUAAGGCUGAGAGAGUGGGAGGGGACAAGUCGGAAACACGGGAGAGAGGUGUGUGGAAUACAGCGAGGUGAUUGGAUGGAGAGGCGGAGUAGGAGAUUGACUAAUAGGAGCUGUCUGGGAUGGAUGGCUCCCAUUGGUCAAUGUUUUUGCAGCCCUGCACCUGCUUGGGUUUUUUUCUCUUCACUUUGUGGAGGUCGCACUAUAGGACCAUGAUCGCUGAAUAAACGAGGUUCAUAAUAAUAACCAAUCUCUUCACUUGUCAAUGCCUUUAAAAUGCACUGGGCAAGAAUCUAAUUAUUGGCCGAAGCAUGUCCACCUCUGCUACAGUAGGUGGCAACAUGCUGUUAUGAAGGUUUAACCUGACAUGCAAACACUGGUGGUGUGUGCAAAAUGCAUGGUCCUGUUUCAGUUCCAUUGAGGUAGAGAAAACCGAUCCCCAACCGCAUUAUUCAGACAUGUUAGUCUGACUGUGAAGGUUUGAUUUCAGUACGAUUUCAUUCUGACUAUUCCAGUAAAUUGAUUUUUUUCAAGUGCAUGUAAACAUAUUGAGUGAGUAAUGUGAGAAAGGAGGGCUGUGUGGUCAAGAGUGUAUGGAUUGGCCGGGUGAGAGAAGAGAGGUAAACUGCGAGGUAAAAGAGAGGUUUAUGUUUCCUAUAUGAAAUUUGCCAGGUUUAACUUUAUGACAUUUGAGAUUUUUUUUAAUAUUAUCUAUUAAAGUCAGAUUUGAGUAAAAAAUUACAUUAAGAUAUUUAAAUUUUCCACCACAUCAAGUCCCUCUCCAUUGACAAGGAUGCAUGGUUGCUGGCUGUCGGCUGGCUGGUGGGAGGAAAACAUGCAUGCAGUCUUUUUUGUGUUGAAAUGUAAACAGGAGUAUAGAUGCAGAUUCUUGUUUUGUUCUGUUCCUGUUAACUCAGAUUUCCUUUCUUUAAGCUGCCUUUUGACUUUAUCCUUUCUUUUUUCUCCUGCUGCUUCCUCUCUUUUCUCUUAAAAGACUUCUCACGACUCAUUUCAGUCGCUCUCAUGCCACACAUUCUCUGUCUGCAGCUCCUCCUGAGCAUGCUCUGUUUCUAUGCCGAUCCACAUGUAUCCGUCUUGCUGUCAUUACCUUUGGCUCGCAGUCUCUUUUUGCUUUUUAUCCCUGGCAACCUCCUCUCAUCCUGGGUCCGUAGCUCAGGUUACAUAAUAUACAUUGGAGAGAGGUGAAGGGAGGAAUGGAAGGAGUGAUGAAGAGUGGAUGGAGGAGGGGAAGAAGAGACCCGACUGCUCUUCUGAGAAAGUGAUGUUUUCGCCUGGCUGAUCACUUGAUGCUUGACAAGACACAGUCUGGGUCUUUUUCCCUUUUUUGUUUUGUUGUUGUUGUUGUUUUUUUUCAGGACAAGAGAUUACAAAUGUGAGCACCACAUAUCCUUAUUUUUCUUGCAUAUUCUUACUAAGGUGUUGAAGUGAUUAACUUUCCAUCAUGGCACGAAUGCAUGUCUGCUUUGCUGCCCGUCUAGCUCGUUUUUAUCUUCAGGAGCUGACAUCUGGUCAGCCCAUCCUCUCCUCCCUCUUUUUUUCCCUUCCUUCUCUUAUCCCCUGAUCAUCUCAUCUCUAUCAUGAUUACACUUUACCUCGCUGACCUGCGAUGAUGUAACCCUUUUUUUGGCUGCAGACUUUACUAACCCCCCCUUGCAACCAAACAUUAUACUCUCCCAUCAUUCUGAGAACUGCCGUCUCUUGGUCUUUAAUAUCGGCCUCUGCCCAACACUCUUUCCUUUUGGGCCAUUUUUUUAAGGUCUUAAUCUUGCUCCUAAUACCAUUUCCCUGCAUCAGCUCAGUGUGGGUGAGGGGCAGUGGGAAUAAGAUUGAUGGAGGGAGAGACUUUGGGAUUUUUCCCAGAUAAUUUUGUGCUCUAGUUGUAUGAUUGUAAGGACUUACAAAGAGAUGGUAACACUCCAUUGUUGGUGCUGUUAAGUCAUGAGUUAAAGGAUGAUGCCUAAUGGCACUUAGCAGCUUUCAACACUGGCCUUUUCUCUGGACAUGUUUCAGAACAAGUUUAUGUUUCUUGCUGUGCCCCUGGCAGGUUUAAAACAUCUGAAUUAUAGAGCACAUUUUAAACUUGUUUGACUCUUUUAAGCAGGACAUUGUUAUUGUAAGACUUGUUUCUAAGUCAUAUCAAAGGAACUGUUCACUACUGCUGCUUAAAAGGGGUUUCUACAAGAGCCAGCUGUUGACCAAUAAAGCCAACUGGACUAGAUUGGGGCUGGGAAAGGUUUAUCAUGAUAUAUUUUUUCAUAACAGUCGAUAUUGAUAUACGUCAUGAUACAAAAAAUGAAAUUUAACAGUGCAUAUUGGUGGUCUGUCUUUUGCAGUACAGUAAGCUACUGCAUCUGUGAGGUCUUUGUGUCUCUUCGACAGGAUUUGUAAACUUUUGCAUCGUGCGUGCUCUGCCAUGUGGAACUGCUUCAGGUGGUGAAAAAGAUUUGAGAUAUUCCCCGACUUUACGAGAACAUGUACUCAACAUAAUUUGCAGUGCACAUUACUCUGCUUCAUGCCCAACCUCAAAAAACCCCAAAACCUCCACACCACCAACAUUUUCGUGCCAGUGUUGUCAACAAUGUCGUCAUCUGUUGAGUCUUCCUCUGCAUUUCUGCUGGGGGGUGGCUUUCAUUUUAUUUUUUUCUCACUAACAGUGCUGUCAGCUUCAUGUGUUAAAGUGCUAUGGUUGCAUGUAGCUGCAGCCUGCUACCAAGUAGUUGUUUGCUACUUGGUUCAAAUUAAGCACGAUUGGUUCAGCGCAGCAUGGACCCGGAAGAAUUCCCCUUUUUAUUUGCUAUUGGUAUAGUCUACCAAAACAUGGCAGAAUGCAGAGUUUUGGAAAGCAUACUGACCAUGUUUUAUAUUGAUAUUGAGGGAGAUAAAUUUUCAAUAUAUAUUGUUAUCGUUUUAUCACCCAGCCCUAAAUACUCCUGAUGACAGCUGUUUACUUUUUCUAAAGUUGACUCAAUAGACAAUUUUGAAUAAAAAGUUGUGACCUGCUCGUCCGGUACUUUCUGGAAGCACUUGCUUUUGCUUUUUAUCUAUAUGUAUCUGUAUUGGGCCUUUCUGUCAUUACAGGCUGGUUCACUUCACUUCAACGUGAUGGCGGCACAGUAAACAUUCAAAAGUUUUCCCAACACACACUGCACACAGACCUUCAUGAGCCCAAUGAUGACCAAACCAAUGAAUCACCUUCGCGUCACGAAUCAUCAGUCAAACAACUUCCAUGUGACCGCAUUAGGCUACAGCAGACCACUUGUUUCCGUUAUAGGUUCUUAUAUAAUAGUUUCUUAUCGAGCUGCAUCUGGCCUUACCCUGUACAUUUCACACUCCUCUGCUUCAUAACAAGACUUAGCAGGAGAAAUAUGCCCACAUGUCAACCUUGAUCCUGUAUGUGUGAGCACCAGAGCCAGGAGUGCUCAGCUGAGACGAGAUGUCAGUGUCUGAUAGAUUUUAGCAAAAUAAUUUAGUACAAGAGAAAAAACUGACUGCGGAGAGGUGAGUGAUUGGCAUCUCAAGCUGUUCCAGGAAAACGGUAGCAGCGGUGUGACGUCUGCGUGGUUAGCAUCAAAAGUGUUUCAGAUACAUACAGUUGAAGACUUACUGAAUGUAAAACAAAAAUUAAUUACCUUUAUCAUUUAAAGCACAUCUGCUUUUUACUAAUUCAAACAUAGCUGAACCAGGAGUCCCUCUCUUCUAAUAAGGGGAUCAAUCAAAGCCCAUUCAACAUAACUCAUGUGGAUGCUCUCUCUCUCUUUAAGCUGACGUACCAUGAGAUACGUCACAGAGGGAGUCAUAGACUAAUACAUCUUAGAUUAAUAAAUUAGAGGGUAAAACCUUUAAAGUUUGCAUGUGGAGUAAAGAGAAAAAGGCAUAUAUUUCCAUUUUAUGUCACCGUCUGAUAUUUUUUUUAUCAAAAUCAAAUCUGAACCGGGGACAGUCCCUGUAAGUUUCAACAUCAAUCAGCCUCGUGGGUCAACAGAUGAGGUCCCAUGUUAUCAGAGGACAGUCUGUGUGCUAACCUCUUUACAGGGACACAGCAGUGUGACAUCAUCAUCCGAUCACGCAGGCCGAGUCGAUUCACGAUUUCGCUUUGAAUUUAAUUGUCAUUGACUGUUGGACACCCCCUGGCCUUGGCAUUUCAUAGACUUUGCUCGUGAAAUCGUGAUUUACUGAAAGAGAGAGAGAGAGACAGAGAAGGAGAGAGAGAGAGAGAGAGAGAGAGAGAGAGAGAGAGAGUGUAGAAAAAUAAAUUAUGUCAAGGUUGUUCAGCUGUUUAUCCUCCGACAGAGAUUUUAAUCUGCAUCUAGUAUUAUUUUUUGUACAUUUUCUCAUACACGUUUGUGUGUGUGUGUGUGUGUGUUUGCAUUACUAUUCACCGAGGGCAGGGAAGGACAGCAGAGGAUGUACUGCUGCAGUACACUGGAAUUAUGAUGAAGUAAAGCUGUUUUAUCUACAGACUCGCUCUUUCCGCUUUGUAUGACAGAGACUUUGUUUUCCCUUUUGGCAUAAGAACGAAAGAAAACCACUUUCUUUGUUUAUUCGAUAUUCAGUAAAUUGUAUUUCAUGCAAACUGAUGCUUAACAGCAUGGCAUGCCCCCUGUGUGGCUGUUUCAGACAUUCAUUGUCAGGAUGAGUUUCUGAGACAUUUUCCAUCACACGGGAAUCAAGCUGAUUUUUGCAGAACCUGACUUUCUUUUGGUGGUAUAAAUGCAUUAACAGUUUUACUUGUCCUUUUUUAUUUCUUAUGAUUAGACAGGGCUGGGUGACAUGGCCUCAAAUCAAUAUCACACUAUAUUGAGCAGUUCACCUUGAUAACAAUAAAUAGACGAUUACUACUCCAUAAGCUGCUCACUCCCUCCCACAUAAAAUUAGUCUACUUCAGCCACCGCUCAAGCCACUACAACUUUUGAACCGUCCUCCAUCUCCUCACCUGUCUUUCCCUCCUUGUCACAGACUGGAUGGGGUGGAGUCACAUGAUGUAGGACAGCAUAUUAAAGGGACAUGAGACCGAAUAUACAGAUUUGGGCAAGAUGACGUCAGUCGUUGUCAUAAAUUUCGGUAGCUCUAAAUUUUCGGUUUAUUGCCCAGUCCUUUUACUUCUGAUUCUGUUUCCUCCAACUUUAUCAUUUUUUGCCCUAACCUACCUUGAAAAAGUAUUCAUACCUCUUGAACUUUUUCACAUUUUGUCACUCUACAACCACAAACUUAAAGGAUUUUAUUGAGAUUUUUUGUCAUAGGCCAACACAACAUAUUUGUAAAGUGGAACAAAAAUGACACAUGAUAAAUGAUUUCUUUAUCAUUUCCUUGAAGGAAUAUAACCAUAUUAAUAAUUUUGCACUUCAGACGCAGUAGUUCUUCUGCCUUAGCAUCUUGGUCUGAUUGCAUUUCCAUGAAGAAUUGAUAAAUAAAUGUUCUUCCUUGAGCUGUGUCACCCCCGGCUGCUGGAGGAGAGUAGGUGAGUUGUGUUUAGUCUCUUUGCUAAAGAAAUUAGGCAAAAUUAAAAAGAUGUUUGGUGGCUAGUACUAUGGCUGCGACCCUAUAUGUACUCUUAAUAAAGUUAGGUACUGUUCUGAGCAUUAUUUGUGGCUAUAGAGUGGCGUUUUGGUUGAGGUUUGUUUAUGGCUCCUCAGACCGCUGUGUAUUGCUAUCGUGCGGUCGUUACUAAAGUUGGUAUAACUAGAGAAGCAAGCGGUCGGCAACAUUCAUCUCUGGUGGGGGUGUCUAACUCGGUGUUGCGGUGUGUUUGACCCUAAAUUAAUUUUACGCCGGAAUAUAUGUUUAAGCCUCUACGCCUGUAGGUGGAUGUCCAGAACUCCAGGUCUAUAGAAUGCUUACAUAUGCUUUUAACUGAAGUUUAUGUUCAUAUAUCUGUUUGUAUCACAUCUCCUCUGUUCAGCUGAUCUUAUUUCUUGUUUGUAUGCUCUGAAAAUCCAAACAUGAAAGUGUGUUUUCUUUUGUAUCUUUCAAUGAUCUAAGCAAAUAUUAAUGACAUAGCUGAAAGCUGUGCUGUGAUGGUGAAAACCCUCGUGUGAGCUGCAUCCUUUUGGUGUGCGUGUAAGUGUGUAUGUGUGUGUGUGUGAGAGAGAGAGAGUCUGUCAGCAUUCGCAGUGGGUUCAGGACUGGUGCCAGACCCAGCGCUCAGCCUGGCAAAGCAUUAUCAAAGUGUGUGUGUGUGUCUGUGUGUUUGUGUUGAGAUUUGGGACCUGUGCUGGCUCUCUCUCAUCAAGUAUGCAGUUGGAGUCGACGCUGCAGCAGAGAUGCCUAAUAGAGAAGGCAAGAGAGAGUAUAGAGAGAGUUGGAGAAAGGCUCUGAAUACGUCAUACCACCCGCUCACUUCCAGCUUCCACUUCUCCUCUCUUUAUCGUCACUCUCGCCAAUUACUCCUUUUCACGUUCAUCUAUCUCUGCCUACCCUUCUUCCCUUCUUCCCCUUUCACUCUUUACCCCACCCACUAAAUUUCUCCUUUUGUGUCCUCAUUCAUUGCCUUUUUUCACAUUCCUCGCUCUCCAGUCUCCACCAAAUUGAAUGUCAUUCAUACCUCUCUCUCUUUCUCUCUCAAUUCCCUGCAGUCUGGAGAGAGCUGUUGAGAGUUUCAGCAGCCCUCCUCACACUGCAGGUAGCCUCACAGCACUACAGAUACACUGUCACAUUCACAGCUCAUCUUGCAGUUCCUGUUCCCAUGACCAUAUAAGGACUUCCUUUCAGUGACAUCACAGAGUUGGACAGCCUUGCAGGAAAGGUCAGGGACAUUUUUUUCUUAAAAGGUGGGAGUUUAAUGGUGUUUAAAGGGGGCCUGUUGGGAGAUACUGACCACGUAUAACUUGUUCUAUGCACGCAAAAACAUGCACAUUUACUUGCACACAAAGAAACACACAGAGGACAACAUACAUUCAAUUCUUUAUGUGCUACCUUUUCCAGUGCAGCCAUGAAUCUGCCCUUAAAAAAAGGAAGUAAAACUCAUAAUGUCAUGUAUUAGGGCAGAAAAAGCUCAUCCUGGUAUUUUAUUUGUUCGCACUUUGCAGAGAGAAAGGAUUUCCAUCAAGGGUUUGUCCUCUGCAAGUAUACAGAGACAAGCGCAGACACUCACAGAGAGUCUGAUUCCUCUUUCUCACCUCCUCCACUUCUUGUCUCUUGCUUUUCUCAUGGACAUACAGUUCCUGCUAAACAGGAUGUAGUCAUGAUUCAGAGAGAACAGAUCACUGUGUGUAUGUGUGUGUGUGUUUGUGUGUGUAUUUCAUGUUGUACAGUCCAGCCUGGUGCAGCUUUCAGACUCCCAUGCCAACGGCUAUUUGCAGCACUUUUACUUCCAUUACCGUCCUCUACUUUGCCGAUCCCCUGAAAGAAAAAGAGAAAGAUGCAGUUCAAAUACAACUGAGUUUCCUUUAUGAUGCAUUGGGGAAGUAGCUGGAAGACUGGAUAAAUCAAAGUUUGUGUGUGUAUGUGUGUGUGUGUGUGUGUGUGUGUGUGUGUAUGUGUGUGUGUGUGUGUGUGUGUGUGUGUGUGUGUGUGUGUGUGUGUGUGUGUGUGUGUGUGUGUGUGUGUGUGUGUCAGGGACUGAUGAAGAGUAGAAAUGGGGGCACUAGCAUAUUCCAUGUAGCAGCAGAACAGAGAGAGGGAUGAAACGCGCAGCAUUAAUCACCAUCUUCAUCCACCAGCCUGUCUCAGAGGCUGACUCACUCUUCAUUAGCAACUUCACUGCUGUCAGCUGCUCACUGGUGGCCUGAAAGCAGACUGAAAGCCACACUAUCAUGUCAGUACAAACUACAGUUACUAUUUUGGAGCAUCUGACAGAAGCCUGAAGUAUAACCAAGAAAUCUACGCUCCAGAUCAGUUUCUGCACCUUUUUUGAUUACAUGUAGGGCAGUGGGGAUUCCACUGAGACAGAAUCAUACUUCCCUUGUGUUCACAGAGAACCAUUGUGACUGUGUAUGGGAUAGACGUCACAUCAUUUCAGUUCAUUGCUUUGAAGCCAAAGGACCUUUACAAGCAUUGGCAUAAACAUUGGUGAAACCAAGGCAUGUCAGGGUACCCACUAGGGGUGGGAAUCACUAGUGGCCCCACGAUACAAUGUUAUAAUGAUACUUGAGCCAUGAUACAAUAUUAUUGCGAUUUUUAAUUUUUUGCAUACAGUGAGUAUUGCGAUACAAUGUAUUGCGAUUUAUACAAUUUUUUUUUCAACUUUUUAGCUUGUUUAGUAUUUGACUCCCCUUUAUGUUUGUCUUAUUUACACUGUAUUUUACUUUCAUAAAAUUAUUUUCAACAUUAAAUAUAUUUGUUGCACUAACUUUCUCCUUCUCUACGAUGUCACCUCUGUCAACCUCACUGGACAAACAGCUGAUUUAAGUUUUCCAUUAUUAUUAGUUUUGACUUUAUAUUAGCAAUUAAUUUGAAAAAUCGAUACUUGGAAAAUGACACAAUAUGAUAUAUCACCAGACAAAAUUUCACAAUACUAUGUUGUAUCGAUAUUUUCUCCCACCCCUAGUAUCCACAGGGUCUUAAAACGCCUAAAAUCCAAUAAUUUGAAUUCAAGGCCGUAAAAUAUCUAAAAUUCACUUAAAAUCGCAUAAAAUGUCUCAGAUAUGAUUUUGAAAGGUCUGUACUGACUCUACUUUCAGAUAAAUAAUGUGCUGUACACAUAAAGAUUAAUUUAAAGUAAUGUUAAAUAUUUCGAUUUCCUUUCAUAUCUUCUGUACUUUUUUGCCAGUGUGGAUGUAAAAUUGUUCUUAAAUUGUAUUUAUUACAGUCUUUAAAAAAAGUCUUGAAUAAGACUAGUUGAAACCUGCAGAGACCCUUGCAUGUGAAAUGACCUGGGUGGCGCUAACUACCACCUUUUGGCACUUUCACUUUGUAUGAAACUGUGAUUAUAAAUAACUUUUAAGCCUUGGUCUAAGAAAAAAGGGAAAAUUUGAACAACCAUUUUUUUUCCCUUGAAGUGCAUGUUUGUCAUGCCCAUCAUGAAAUUGCAUGGCAAACACAUGUUGUCAAAUUGUUAUCUAUUUUCAGUCAAUCAAGUAUUGAGAUGCCCAUCAUGAAAUUGCUUGGUCUGUGUCUAUGUAAAUUAUGGGACACUAGAUGAUUAAGAAAGAGCUGUUGUCAUGGUGCCCUGCAUUCUUAUCAGCUCUCCUGAUGACAGAAUGACACUGCAGAGGGACAUGCUAUUUCCUCCUGCAGGGUUUAAUAUGCUUGGUCAGCCAUAAAGCUCCCACACUGUGCCGGCCCUGGUCUGUAAAACCUGAUCCAUACUGCAUAAUCACACCAAGGUCAGGCUACAGAGCUAUUUACAUACAGACGCAGACUCCUUGAACUGACAAACUCUCCUGCCAACCAGGCAGAAAAUUAACCAGCCAAGUUUGGGCCUCUGUGUGUGUGUGUGUGUGUGUGUGUGUGUGUGUGUGUGUGUGUGUGUGUGUGUGUGUGUGUGUGUAUCAAGGAUUUGUGGUUGUGCGUACUGUAUGUUGUGUACUUUGUGAGUGUUUCUGCUAGUGUGUGUUUUAAACUUGAUAAUACCUGUGCUUUGGCUAUUUCAUUUUGUCACAGACGUGGUCUUGGUAGGUGGCUAAUUGAAAAUGCCUUAACUGCUGUUCCCUUCUCUUCCCCCCUCUACACAAUAAUGUGUGUUGAUGCUUGUGCGUUUAGUUGUGUAUUUGUGUUCUUGUUCACAGCAUGGGUCAAAGCAUCCACAAGUGUGAGACUAACUUGGAUGCUGAGAAGUUUUUGGCCUCUUGAUUCUUACUUUAAGUCAAUAGGUAAAGAAAAAAGCUAAAACCUCUGGUUUGUUGUAGUUUCAUCUCCUUCUUACAGUCCCACUCCGAUUGUAUUUUUUUUUUUACUACUGGAAGUGUUAUCAGUGGUUUUUAAAUUGUGAUUAUAAAAUUUUUAGCUAAAAUCACAUUACCUGUAUAAUUUUCAAGUGCUUUUCUUCUGCAGAGCUUCAGUAGCUCAUUAGCAAUUCGCCUCUGAGUCGUGGGCGGAGACAGCGCUGCUCUGCACACUCCUCUUCAUGCUAGGUAGCAGCCUUACAUUGCCAGUGUAGUAGAAGUGGCAGGUAACAUAGGAGCUAUUCAGCUCUCAGACACUAAUGUCUUUGUAAGCUAAAAUCAUAAUUAGCUUUCUUACAAGCAUUACAAUCCGCUUAUGCACACACUUGUUCCGAGAUCGUCCUCUCUACUUCUCAGAAUCUGGCCUGCUGAGGGCGGAGCUUUGAGUUGUGAUGUAGAAAAUCCCACAGUGUCUGAUCCUGCUGUUUGGGUAUGCUAAAGUUUCACAGCAAUUUGAAUGCAGAUAUACUCAGAAAUGCAAUUUUGCUCUUAGUUUUCUUAUGAUACGUUCUGCAGUAACAGAAGAAUGCCAUAUGAACAUGUAGACAAUAAGAAAAACAUGAUUUUUAUCUGAGUGGUACUUUAGGAGCUGAAUAUUUUGCAAAAAAAAAGAAAGAAUACACAUUGACAGAAAUGAGCGCUUGGGUUAGGAUAAAAAAUACGUCUCUGUUUCUUUACUUUUUAUUGGUUACAGCUGUUUGCCUGACCACCUCCUCUCUUUGACGCUUACUAAAGCAUUAGGUUAAAAAUAGUACAGUGCAGCAGUAGUGUUUUUUUUACAACCAGUCCUUUCAAUUUUGUACUAAAGAACGUAAAAAUGACAAUUUUGAUAACUCUGAUUUAUACAUGCAUAUUUCAGAGUGCUGGUGAGGCAGAUUAAUUGCUUUACCGGAAGGUUUGACAGCACCUGUGCAGAUUAAGAAUAUUGCAGGCAUGUUUUUGUACUUAAGCGUAACAGCAAUCCAAACACAUCUACACACUUCUCACUCUAUUUCUUGCUGAAUCAUGAGUCUUUUCUCUGCUGCUACACCACUGAUUGACUGGUGGAUUAAAACACUGCCCAUCAAACAGGGAGAAAAAAAAAAGCAGAACAGGUUGUGCUUACUCAAACACACAUACUCACACACUCGUGCACGAACACACUCACGAGCAUGUACUUUCUUGUAGGAAUGGGUUGAUGGAAAAAUAAAUAUUGGUGCCUCUGCUGGAACUGACUCAGCGAGGCGAUGAUGAAUAUCAAGGGGAGAGAGAGGAGAAAGCUGUUGACAGACACAGCUGUUAACACAACUGUGCAAACAAACAGGCGUGGACAGGCUUCUCAUGUUCACUGUAAAUCAUGAUCAUGACCCUACAAAGGCAUUGAGGAUAGAUGUGUUUCCACUGAGGUUAUAGGACAGUAUAUGCUUUGAUUUAGCAUUAACAGUUUUGAAUUAACAACAUUGUGAAUGGAGCCUCUGACCUCUGUUUGUGACCGAUAUUGGUGGCUGACGUUGGCUAGUGUUCAACCAGUAAGAGACUGUUUUUAAGCUGCAGACGGCAAAUUAGAUGGCUGGAAAUAACACAUAAGUGGAGGAAGAGGCUUUUAAAAUGUGAAGAUCACGUGUUACAUCAAGGAAUUGAAUGGUUGGGAUAGAUCGAGAAAUAGCAGUUAAAGGGUUUAGCUGAAACAGGUUAAAAGAAUGAUGUCUGGAAUCCAACAAAAGCAAGACAUGACCACUUUAUUUGGUACACCUGUUCAAUUGUUAACACAAAUAGCUAAGAAGCCAAUCACAUGGCAGCAACUCAGUGUAUUUCAGUGUGUGGACGUCGCCAAGGUGGCUUGCUGAAGUUUAAAUUGAGCAUCUGGGAUGACAGAACUGGGAAGAAAGGGGAUUUUAAUGACUUUGAUCUUGGCAUGGUUGUUGGUCCCAGACAUGCUGGUCUAAAUAUUUCAGAAACUGCUGCUCUACUGAGAUUUUUACACGCAACCAUGCAGGUUUGUAGAGGAUGGUCCCAAAAAGAGAAAAUAUCUAGUGUGCGGCAGUUGUGUGGACAGAAAUGACUUGUUGAUGUCAGGUCAGAAGAGAAUGGGCAUACUGGUUUGAGGUGAUAGAAAGGCAACAGUGAGUCAAAUAACCACUCAUUACAACCUAGGUAUGCAGAAUAACAUUUCUGAAGGCAUAACACGUCCAACCUUGAAGCAGAUGGGCUGCAGCAGCAGAAGACCACACCAGGUGCCUCUCCCGUCAGCUAAGAACAGGGAACUGAGGCUACAAUUUGCACAAGCUCACCAAAAACUGGACAACAGGUGACUGGAAACAUUGCCUGGUCUGAUGAGUCUGAAUUUCAACUGUGACAUCCAGGUGGUAAGGUCAGAAUUUAGUGUAAUCAACAUGAAAACGUGGAUCCAUUCUGCUUUGCAUCAACAGUUUAGACUGCAGCUGGUGGUAUGAGCGUGUAGGGGAUAUUUCCCUGGCACAUUUGGGGCCCUUUAGUACCAAUUAAGGAUUGUUUAAGUGCCACAGCCCACCUGGGUAUUGUUGCUGACCACGUCCUUCUCUUAUUACCACAGUGUACCAUCUUCAGAUGGCCAUUUCCAGCAAGAUAAUGCUCCAUGUCGCAAAGCUCAAAUCAUCUCAAACUGGUUUCUCCAAUGUGACAAUGAGUUCACUGUACUUCAGUGGGCUCCACAGUCACCAGAUCGUAUUCACAGACAACAUCUCAGUACUACUUAGUAGCAGCGAAUGCCCCCCAUUAUAACCCCCCUGUAAAAAACUGUUGUUCAGGACUGCGCACAACAUGCUUAUUCAUGCUUCCUACCUACUUGGUUACCAUAAUAACCGUUGUUCUAGGCAGUAGCUCAGAAGGCGACAGUAGCUCAGGAGGUAGAGCAGUCGGCCAAUAACUGGAAGGUUGGCAGUUCGAUUCACCCCUAAUCCAAGUCUGUCCAUUGUGUCCUUGGGCAAGACACUUGACCCACCUUGCUCCCAGUGUGUGUCCUGCACUGGUGCAUGAUUGUGAGUGUUGUGUGGUGGUGGUCGGAGAGGCUGUAGGCUCAAACUGGCAGCCACGUUUCUGUCAGUCUGCCCAAGGGCAGCUGUGACUACUAAGGUAGUUUACCACCACAAAGGUGUGACUGUGUGAGCGAAUGAACGAUGUAUCCAAUGUAAAGCGCUUUGAGGGUCUCUGAUAAAGCGCUAUAUGAAAUCUGAUGCAUUAUUAUUAUUAUAGUCUACACACAACAUUCUUGUUCUCAUUCAUAAAGCGCAUGAAUCUGGGACAUUUCCGUGGACAGGUCAUCAAAUACAGGGACUGUCCCGGGAAAUCAGGGAUGUCUGGUCACCUUAUGUUAAUAUGAAUAAAAAUCUCUGAAGAAGGUUUCCAACACCUUGUUGAAUGUUCUGAAAGCAAAAGGGAGUCCAACCUGGUGCUAGCAAGGUGUACCUAAUAAAGUGGCCAGUGAGUGUAUAUAGAGUCAACACCAGGGUACAAUCAAGGUAACUUGGUUUCAGAACAAUGUAAAGGAGUGUGUUGGUUGUAUCCUUACUUACUUACACUUCACUGUGUAGCUGGUUGCUACGUGGAUUAGCACUUAUCAAUUUUAACAGUUUUUUUUACAGUGUGCUUUGUGAAUCACCUCAAGCAUGUCUUUUAUAUAUGCAAAGCAUAACAGCCCAUUGAGUAUAUAAGAGAGGGCCCCUAAGAGCCAUAAGUACAAAAAAACCCACAUUAUUUUUACAAUAAAGCAGGAAUGAUAUCGAUAUGAUUUUAGUGAGGGGAAUCAAAGUGUUAAAAAACAAGGUCUUUAAUGCGCUUGUGCGUUUUUUGAGGACAGAUUUGACUGUAAAGACUGUUUGAUCAUAGGGGAUUGAGGGGUCAAUGAUGUGUCCUUUUGUCCUGAGGGAUAAAGGAUUUGAGACACUGUUGAGGUAUUUCCAUCCCUGGAAUCAAAACUCUACUACGUGUGACUCACCGAUUUUUAUAGUAGACAAAAUAAAAACCCACUAGACAUCUGGGCAUGUCUUCUGUCUGUAUCACUGACUAUAAAUGACAUGAAAUGAUGAAGACUGUAGGUUGAUGAGCCAUGUGGGGUGCGUAUGAUCUACUGGCAGUUUUUGUGGAGCUUCCUCAGUGGGAUGGUCGCUUGAAAAUAGAGAGAGGUGGACACAAUAGCGACUAGACAUCUGCAGGGAGAGUUAAUUGUCACUGGAGAUACAGAUCUCCUCUAUUGUACCAUGUGUAUUAUUUUCAGGGAGGAUUAGCUGUUGUUGUUGUCUCUGGAAGUAUAACAGGCCAAAACAUCAUUCUGUACAAGGACUGGACUUGCAGUGUCACACCUGACUCAUGCUUUGUGUGUGUGUGUGUGUGUGUGUGUGUGUGUGUGUGUGUGUGUGUGUGUGUGUGUGUGUGUGUGUGUGUGUGUGUGUGUGUGUGUGUGUGUGUGUGUGUGCCCCCGCUAGCUCUUUAGUUACACAGCAAGAGCAGAUCAAAUUGCAUCAGUCAGGCUCUUUACCAGACGCUCUCUCUGUCCGACAGUCUGUCUCUUCCACUCUCUCUCUAUCUCUCUUUGACUCCUACACUUCAUCGCCCCUGUUGCUCUCAUCCUGCCCACUUCGUCUGACCCGUGCCCACCCCUCAUGUGAGCACUCGAUCCAUUGUUCUUGAUCCCUAGAUUUCCACCACGGCUCGGUCUGUUUUUCAUUUUUUCAGCUGUUGUUUGACCCCGCUAAGGACAGAGAGGGCUUUAUCGCAGCAGUGCUACAGCUUCCACAGUUGAGUGGAUUUAGCUUUGAGCACAGAGCGAGGUGUGAAACACUCAGGCUCCCAGUUUUCAGGAUUCACGUGCCGCAAAUGCUUGACUCAUUUGAAUUCAAGCAGGGGGAAUAACAAGGUUUAAAUAGUAAUAUAAAAACGGGGGUGGGUGGCUUUGAAUAAGCGUUAGUUCUGCCUCAAAAGAGAGAAAAUAUGGCGCUCUACUCUAGCUGCCAUUUACUGAGCCUCCGAUCCUGGUGCCUGUUGGUGUUUUGGAUCAGAGAGAUGCUUCAGGCUGCUUGCCACAGCAAAGAGGCACAUUCAUACGGUGGAGUCCUUCCAAGUAUCCUCCAUCAUUCAUGCACACACACACAUGCACACACAUGCACACACAGGCUCACACUCCAUCAAACAGUCAUGGGGAAAUGCUUAAUUAUUAUUCACUCACUAAUUACCUCGUAUACCCACUUACAUAACUGAGGUUGCUUUGUGAGCGGAGGGAAGAAGAGACUUGUGAGGAGAAUUCGCCGGAAGAGCCGAGCUUUUGAAAGAAUUUUCAGCUGGCCUCGCUUGCUGAUGCAACUUUUCUGGAGCAUCUGAAACAGCUUGAAAAUAAGUGGAAAUAAAGAAUAUUUAUGUCUUUCAUACAUGCAAGACAAGGCUUUGAUCAGAUCAGUCCUUACAUACCAAAUACAGUGAAACAUGCUGCAUUUCUACAUUAACAUUCCCUUCAUCACUUUAAAUGGUUGCAAGCUGAUUAAUGUGCAAGUUCACACUGGGAUCUGAAGAAACAGGGAAAAGGAGAAAUGGUUUGUUUAUCAAGUGAGAAACAGGAGACAUAAACAGGCUAGACCUCUUCACUUUGUCUCCUUUCUUCAUCUCUCACUUUCUUGCCUUAAUUCUCCAUCUUUUACCUCGUCUUGCUUUAUUUUAUUAGUGUGUCAGCUUCUUUAUUUUCACUGUCCUUAAUCUUGUGACUUUCUUUUCCUCUCCACUUCAUUUUGACCUCUUUUUUUUUCUCCCUCCCGUCUUCCUGGGCACAUCUUUCAUCCCCACUUAAUUUUUAUUACUCCUUGUGUCCCCUUUCUCCUCUGUGUCUUAUCUCCCUUCAUUCUCUCGAAAUCCGUCCCCCUCCUUCCUCUUCAGUGUUGAAUGUUCUCACUCCUCUGCCUCUUUGUGAAAGCAGGGAAAGCUGUGAACACUUCUCUUGAAAAUGUGUAUCUUUUGUUGGAAACGCUGCUUAAAUGUUUGAGAUUGAUCAGAACAGAACAGUAAGUUUCAAACAAAGAAAAACACCAAAGAAGGACAGACAGGCGUGCUUGUUAAACUCAGACUGUGUUGAAGUUUGGUUGCUUCUCAACAUAUAUGCAGUACAUGUAAAAGUAAAACUACACUUGGAUACUCUCUAUCAUUAAGUAUUUGGAGUAGUUCAGUUUUCUAAAGUGGUACUGGUCUUUGUGGAGAAUCUGGCCGGGGACCCACCACAUAAACUAGAUUACCAACCACUUCAGACAGGGUCGACUGUAUUUGUCAGUGUCUUUUUUGUUGUCUAUUUUUACAUCAUGAUAACUGGUUGACAAAAUGACCACUACUUUGUAUUGGUGUCUUGCUCUCUAUAUCUGCAAUAUUAGCAUUAGAUCACAGCUGUUUUCUUUUCAAAACUUUUUCUGAAUCUUGCUAACAUUAUUUACAAUUCUUUAAUGUAUUCUAUUCGGUUAUGUGUAAUUCUGUUGUAUGUAUAGGGCCCGACCGAUAUGAUUUUUUAGGGCCGAUACAGAUUAUUGUGGGGGUGUCUGAUUACCGAUUGAUCUGCUGAUUUUUAAAAAAAUGUAUGAAGUUUUAAAAUUUUGUUAAUUUAACUAAUAUAUCUACAUAUUUACUUUUUUUUAAACAAAUGGCUGCUUUUGAGCCUUUCAAACACUUCUUCAAAGCAUUUCAAAUCCUUUUAUUGCUAAAACAACUGAAAAAGAAUGAGGUAUUUUGUGUGAAGUGCAAACAGUUUAGCUAUAUAAAUAAAUCAAAAUAAAGGUAACUCACGUACAUCAUAACAAAUGAGGAACACUAAAUAUACUGUAGGCUACUGCUCUACAUGCCGACAGGAAGACCGACUGAUCAUCUUGGUAAUAUUCCACGUAUUUAUCGUGAAUCAAACUCGGACCAGAAAAGCUUUUUUGACAUCAUGAAGUGGGUUGAACUGAAAGUGGCUGGAUGCUAACAUUAGCUGUGGCUAAUGGACUGUCAAAUAUGUAGUUUCAUUUCAAAUGUGAGCUCAUCUCUCUGUUUGUAAUCUGUCUGGCUGCUUAUCAACCAGUAAGCUAUGGGAUCACUUAAGUUUAUCAGAUCAUCGAGCUUUGUAUAACUUUUGCAAGGUUGUCUGUAUUUUUACAGUGUGUCAGUGUGUCUCACCACUCCCUAUAAACCCUGCUUCAGUUACUUUUGCCGCGGUCACAUGACUUGUCUUUUUAAGUACUUUAUUUUGAGCAUGAUCCAGCUCUAACAAUCUAUAUAGGUCAGAUAAAUAUCAGACACGUGUCUGUGCAUUUGUGUGUGUCUGUGAUUGCAUGCAAAUGUCAACUAGUACUUGUCAUAUAAUCAGUAAUGCUUAAUGAAUCAGAUAACAGUGAACCCGGACUUAGUGGGAAGAGAUAACAAGAGAUAAUUGGUUAAAACAAGGCCCAGUGUGACACUGUCUGCUAUCAUUAUUGUCAUCGCGCACAAACACAGGAACACGUGCAAGCUCCUUACAACCUGACAUGGCCACUCACAGUCAAAUUUAUCACACAUUGUGAACAGAACUGCAGCCACAGUUCUUCUCCUCUUGUACUUUAACUUAAUACAUUUGAAUGUAAGUCAUUUUAAAUAGGGUUCAGAUAGUGCUCUGGAUGGAUAACACUCCACUUAGCACAUAUUUAAAUGUGUAUGCAGUGCACACACUCCGACAAACUCAAACACGGACACACACAAAAACAAACGUGCCUCUUUUUUUUUUCCAAGCCCUGACAUUUACAGAAGUUGCGGUUGAACUUUGUGAAGCGUCACCAAGGCGCCAGUCUACCCCGGGCAAGCCCGGAGCCUGCAGGGCGUGCACGGGUGGCAGCGGGGGCAGUGGGGGCUUAGUGUUGUUGAUAGAGCACAUGUGAACAUCACCUUUCAUAAGUACUGGCCACGGUCCCCAUCCUUAAUGUGUCUAAACCAGUCUGGGAUGGGAACAAAUACCCAGCAUGCCUCUGACAUCAUGGAGUUUCCACUGCUGUGCUCGUCUCAGCUCAGAGAUAGCAGCUUUGAUAUUUCACACUGCUGGCCCCCUCGUAGGGGUUCCCCACCCACUACCCCACCUGACCAUAGAUGGACUGUGGAGAGUCGCUGAUUAUGUGGAGGGAGGUCAUCUGAUAGCCCAAAGGUCAUAUCUCAAACAGUUCAUGUUGAGUAAGAGUAAAGGAGCUGGGCUGAAGGAUGAGGAAAAUACUCAAAAAGGAAAGUUAUGUUUAGUAUUUGGAUAUGAGGAAGUAUUUUGUAUUAAUUUUUUUUUAAACAAAUGACAUGUAGGGUGAGUUGAGUCAUUUAUUUGACAGUGACCCCAUUUUUGUAUUGAGUUGUAUGUGGUGUCUGAGCUGUGGACCCCCUCCACUAGCCAGGAUUGUAGGUCUGGUCAGUGGCUAAUGCUGAAAGUUUAUAAUGGUCUACUACAGUGGUUCUCAACUGGUGGGUCCUGACCCAAAAGUGGGUCGCGAACAUGUUCUGGAUGGGUCGCGAACAGCUGGUCAAAAAAGUAAAUAUUUAAUGUGCAUCUGAUGUUUGGCAUGUCUUUUAUUUUGAAAAAUAGCCUAUAUUGAAAAGCACAAAUCAUGUUGUAGUCUUCCUCAGUUUCAUAUUAAUGUGGCCUGAAUGCAGUAAAAAUACAUGUCUUUUUUUUUUUUUGUCUUUAUUUUGUACAAUUUGAUAUUUAUUCACCUUUGUCCAUGCUGUUGCAUGGUCCUCUUCAGGUUCUUCUGAAUAUGCUCUGAUUGCAGAGAUGCAUAUAAAUCAAUUUUUUUAUUUUGUUGGUCUUCAUUUUGUGCAAUUUGAUAUUUUCUGUAUAUGCAACUUAAGUAGUUGUCAUCCUCGGUUUAUGUGCUCUGAAAUGCACUUUACUCAAUAAAAUGGGUGUAUUUAUGUUAAAGAUUUGAUUCUGUAAAGGUUUUUUGAAUAAAAAAAAAAUAUUGCUUGGUUUGAAUUUUAUAAAAGUGGGUCCCAGAGUGAGACCAGUUGAGAACCUCUGGUCUACUACCUGGAUCUAAACACAGAUGACAGCAUCUCAAAACAUAGCGCAGUUUAGUGGUUCUAUUAUUCAGAAAAGUCAUGUAAAAUGUGUCUGGUUGAACUGGGAUAUUACCAGUGGCAGGAGUAAUACAUAACCAGCACAGCCAUGUGGAUGCUGAUCUGCAAGGGAGGCAAGUAGUUAGCAAGGUUGGUCAGUCUGUCAAAUUUCCAUUGACAGGACUUGGAAACUGGUGGCUUUGGAACAUCCCUAAUUCCAAAUACCCUAACGUGUGGCCUCAGUAAACCCUGAGAGGACUUGUGUCAUCUUGGAGUUCCAUAUUUUAUCAGACCAAGCACCCAUGAGUCUUGGGGAAAAAAUCCUCUCUAUGUUGGGCAAACCUACCCCUCUGGAAUAACAGCCAUUUGACUUCUCCAAUAUCAAACACUUGUAUGUGCAGAAUUUUCCGGACAAAUGUUUACUGCGAGGCAUAAAUAAGAACUUACGAAUGCUUCAACUCGCAAACACUUUACACGUGACACAAGUGGAUGACGGAUGUCCGGCACAGUUUGUUUUUGCAGAUUUGUUAUGAGAGGUAUGAAACUUUUUUUAAGCCCAUGACUUGAAUUUUCCAUCACACACAAACACACACACACUCACACAGCCAGCAAAACAAGGUGAUAUGACACCUCUAACUUUAGUCUCCCUCUCUGCCGCUCUGGAUAAUCCAGUUAGGAUGCGCUCUCUGGAUAUCAGGAGGUUUUAUCAUAUUGCUUCCAGAUGGAGCCAAAAAAAAAAAAAAAAAACAGGCUCCACACUGGCCCAGUAUCCUGAGCAAACCUCUAUCACACAAACACACGUGACACAUGCACUCUAGGAUUUCCCCACACAGGCGCACACACAUUUAUACACACCGACUUGCAUCAAUACAGCACACUCUGGCAGCUUUCUUCCUGUGGCUGUGUAUGUGUGUGUAAAGGUCAGAGGUCGCAGAGGGCAUCAGCUGAUGCCACAGACUUCAAAUAAGAGAAGUGUCCUUGAUGACAGCCUGGCAACUAUAAUUGUCGCGACAACCCCAAGGAAUGAGCGUGUCAUGUGACACCCCCUUCCUCUGAGCUGUGUAUGGAAAAAAGAAAACACGUACACACAUGCUCACACACGCACGCACAGAGCUGUGUCAGCGGGGGGAACCCUCUGGAAACAAUGUGCGGCAUGUUUGGGGAAUUGGGAGAGGAGUGCAGGAGCAAUUUAACCCACUGUGGAGAGAACUAGGGCUGGGUAUGAAACCAGGCUGAAGAGCUUCUUUUAACCAGAAGAUGUCGAGUGGUUAUGUUUCAUUAAGAAUUGAUGAAACCACCUUUUUUUAUGGCUGCAUCAACCCAAUGUGUUACCGUCACAGAACCAAGUUUUGCUAGAGUAGAAAAAAAAAUAUCAGACUUUUCCUGCAUGUGCAUUGUAAAUAGAUUUUACCCAGAAAGCCCAAUCUGCUUCAAUCAUUUUAUGCUUUUUCUGACCCCCUUUUUGGAACUUUAUUCUUAGUCUUAGCCAUGUCUUGUUUUUGUGUAUUGCUCCUUAACCUGCAAAGUGUUUUUAUUAAAGCUUUGUCUAAAUUUUCUUACACACUCUAAGUAAAACUUACAAUAUCCAAAUUAACAUGUUGAGUCUUGUUCACUUGUCCUCCAGCUAUCUGUAAAGAAAAGGUUCAACCACAGGAGCGAUAGAAGCACUGCUGACACUCUUUCAGCCUUGUUUUGAAGCCAACCUCACUGGGAAAGCACUCUGGGGAAGGCAUCCCUCUGACAAACACACACACACACGCACACACACACACACACACACACACACACACACACACACACACACACACACACACACACACACAUUAGCAUGCAUAAGGAGCUCACAGUAUAUCUCUGUUUGAUGUAGCUUCUAUUCUUGUCACUUUGAUUGCUUUUUAGUUGUUUUUAACCGUCAUUUGCUGCCUUUUCUCAUCGUUUGUUGUUAUAGAGGACUGAAGUUAAAGCUUAGGUCUCUUUGUGACCUAAAAGAGCAGGUGGUGACAUGAGCAAGAACCCAUAUGAUACGAUACAUUGCUUUUUUAACACCUGAAACUGCUGUGAGAGGUGUGUUUCAGGUGAUAAGAUUAACAGAAUUCUACUUACACAUUUUUUUUUUCACACUUUGCAUGACAAAGAAUCAAAGAGAGUGAUAUUAUUGAGUAGAGAUGAGAUUUUUGGAACUUUAUUUUUGUAACAAGAAUUAAAUAAAACAAUUCACAGUGACAACAAACGAUCAUCUAUACAUCUGUUGUCAUUUCUUACAGUGGUGGCCAAAUAAUCAGCUCCCAAGGUUACGUACACAAUCCAUUUUUUUUUCAGUAUUACAGGAAUAUUUCUGCUCUCAGAUUUGGUGAUCUAUUAUAAUCAUUCUUUCUAUACUUUUUUUAAUUUUAAUCAGAAUAUUUAUGAGUUUUGUUUUGUUGUUUUUUUUUUUUGUUUUUUUUUUUAAGUGCCAUUUUUGCCUCUGCUGCUAAUAAAUUAAACAAGUAUUUAUUUUUCUCUUUGCAGUAAGUUGCAGUGUCACUCAAAGAAAUUGUCGAAGAUGCACUGUCAAUUCUGGCUCCAUAAAUACUUGUGAUUACCUGUUUCACCUUCAUGUACUCCCUUCUUGCUAAAUUUUAAGACAGCUCCAAAACAGGGAUGGUUGAUGCAUGUUACACUACUAUCUGAUAAUAGAUAGCUACACUUAAUUAUUCAUUAUUCUGAUAAAACACUUUAAUGAAACCACUCAUAAUGACUGCUUUCAUUUACAUAUUAACAAGCCUCCACAUUCUGACACAGAUGGUGGCAUUAUGUGAUCUGCUACUGAGCGCAGGGAGGAAGAACAACAACAAGCACAGCCACAGCAAGAAUAAAAUUAGCAUCAGUGGUGUCAAUGAGUUUCAUUGCUAAGUAGGACUGCGUAUUGUCAAGAACUUCACAAUGAAAUUUGAUUUGGAUUCUUAGGGUCACUAUUUGAUUCAGUGAGUGCUUCAAUGUAGAUUCAGAAAUACCCGGAGAAGUCAUUAGGAUAUAUUCUAUUUGUUAAGUAGCGAUAUGUUUAUUAUUCCAUGUUCGAAAAUGUUAAAAUUUCGAUUUUAUUCAUGUCAACUUUAAUCUUGAAAUUUUGACUGUAAUCUCAAAAUUUUAAUUUGUUCAUCUUGAAAUUUUGACAUAUCACGACAUUUUGCACUCUCGAAAUUUUGACUUUUAAUCUCAAAAUUUUGACUUUAUUGACCUUCUUACGAUUUUUUUAAUCUUGAAUGCAGUCCCCUGCAGUUUUAGUACCCUAAAAGAUCAAGUCUGACAGAGAUUUUCUUAAUUGAUUUUCUUCUUGAGGGUUUUAAGGAAAUACAGACUGAUGGCAGCUUCAUACCAAUGCUUCAACCUCACAAAGGUCCUCAUACACACACACACAGCUUGACAGGUUACAAACGUGUUGUUAUGUGUGCAAGGCUGCUAACAGAAUCAGUCUCUCGUGUUCUCACACAUACACACUUUUGGAGGCUGGUAAUUAGAUGAAGCAGUAAGGUGAUAACAAGCGUGAGCCUCAUGUUUGAAAUGGAGGUGUUGAUGCCAACGUUUUGCCGGAAGUCACAGCCCCACCUUUCGCACCCUCUUCCCCUUUCCCAGGCAGAAAACGCUAAACACAGAUGCACAUAAACACACUCAUGCACAAGCACAGGCUUUAAUAGGAGCAGGGUUAUUUAACAGCUUCAAGAUCUCACACACGUGAGCCUCACUUCGACAGAAACCGAAUAUCCGAAUCAAAAGAGAGUAUAUGUGACUCCCCCAUGUACUCCUCCUACUUCCGCCUUCCCCUUUUCUUCUUUUGCCUGUCUUCUCCACCCACUCCUCCUCCUCCUCUAUCAGCACGAUCUAUGAGUCAUCUGAUCCUAAAGGUGAGAUGCUGCAUUCUGUAGAUUAUUUUCAUCUCCUCUUACAGCACGAGAGGCGAUCUCAACUUCUCCUUUGACUCCUUUUAUUUCCCUCCUUGGCUUCCAUCUGCGUGUCACCUGGCACAAAGCAACCAAGUGGAAACGCUGUUGUUUCUUCUGACAGGUUGUGUACCAUCUGAGGUCACAUCCAAAUAAGCUGCUUUCCCCUUGAACACAUGCUGUCCCCUCGGGGUGGGAGGCUGACACCUCUUCUUGUGAUUGAGCAGCAGUUUGAUCAGCUAGACAAAGUGUGUUUGUGCCUUUCUCCGGAGAGGUGGUCCCUGUUGCCAUCAUACAUUGAUCACACCAUUGUUGACUCACACUGAACAACAUAUUGGAGAUGAGAGUGAUCAGAGACAUUUUGGUUCCCGUCUCCACAGCCUUAAUCUCCCAACACGUCUCAGUUUCCUUCUUUCUUUCUUUUUUUUCCUUCAGGAUGUGGAAACAGCAGCAUGAGCGCAGACAUGUACAACUCUGGCUACCGCUCCAUCACCAACAUUGACUACUCAUCAGUGUGCAUCAGCACCAUGAGCGCCAGGCACAGUGACUGCCAGGGUAUGACUUGGCAUCAGAUGGAUGUGCGCCAGCUCUCCUUCCCCGAUGCAUCCUUUGAUGUGGUGCUGGAGAAGGCCACGCUGGACGCCAUCAUGGUGGGAGAGAAGUCACCUUGGGGGGUUUCCCCAGAGACGGCGCAUUUCAUUCACAAAGCACUCACAGAGGUAAAAAAAAAAGUUCUGUUUAUCACCACAAGGGUGUAAUACUGUUUUAUUAAAACUUUUUUAAGGACCUUUCAGUUUGUUUUGAUCUUGCUAUGAAAAAAGUGAAACAUCGUUUGUUUUGCUAAUGUUCUCUCGUAGAUUUUCAACAAAGAAAAAAAAAUCUCAUCCUCUGAACUUUAAACAGCUUACAGAAAAGGGAGUUUUGGCUAAGCAAGGUUAACAACUGUCUGACAGUGUAAACCCGCCAAUUAGGGGUGUUACGAUUCUACAAAUCCUCGAUUUGAUUUAAUUUUCGAUUUUAGAUCACGAUUUGAUUCCAUUCUCAAUGCUUUUUCUUUUUCUUACAGCACAAAGGCCUAUGCCAUUUCUAGACUAGUCUAGUCUAUGAUCAUUGGUUUUAUUCAUUACAUUUUGUACAGUAAAUCUCAUUUCAAAAGACAGGCUACAUACAAGUGAUGCAAUUUCCAUUAUUCUUGUGCAAUGUAUCACAUUAGAUAAGUUGUCAAAUUCAAAUAAUCUAUUUAACAAUCUUGUUUUCAGUGAAGUGAAAACAAAAUGGUCUUGUUUGCGCUUUUAGCUUAUAUAGAGGUAUUAAUAUUGAUUUCAAUCUAUUAACCAGCAAAAAAGUACUUACAGGAGCUUAAAGAGUUUGCUAUUGAGUGUUAUGAUCAAAUCAAAAUCAGAAUCGGCUUUAUUGAAAGGUAAGUUCACAUACACAAGGAAUUUAUCUCUGUGUUUAGAAAUAAGGAUACACUGAAGUAAAAAACAGAAACAAACACAGGAAAUGAAUGAAAAAUAUUCAAUAUGCUGGGUUGGUUGCUGGUGUUAAAGAUGGGAAUGUCCCCCCAUCUGAUUUUUUAACAUUGAGUAUCUGCCUUUACAGAGUCCCAGAGCUGCACACUGAUUUUUUUGUUGUUGUUUACAAAAAUAACUCAAGUACAUCUUAUUUAAUUCGACUUGUUGAUGUAAAACUCAUGUUAUCUGUUUUAGAUCUCUGCUGUAUCAAAGAAACAAAACCGGUCUGCAUGUAAUGCUGCACACUUGAAGUCACAGCAAUCCUGUAUCAGCUGAUCUGGGUCACUUUAAACUGAAAGGUGAAAGACUCAGUUCAGUGUGUAGUGACGGGCCAAACUGCAGAGCUCCAAAUGUCUGUUGUAGAACUUAGAGCACUCACAUCAUGUUUCAGAUCACCUCCUGUGUUGUUGCUGUGCAGCUUCUUUUUGUCUGAAAUGUAGUAUUGAGACAGCAGACACUCAUUUUUGAUCCAGAAGAUGACAAAAACCUGGGAUGGUGGUGGUCCAAAGAGAUGACCUCAACCACAUUUUUUUUUACAAUGUUUUUCAGCCUUUUUGCUCUCAAGGAUUUAUAUCCUCUCUUUUAAAGGCAAGAGUUUGUUGCUUCUGCACAGCAGCCUUUUCCAUGUUACACUGCAGUGAAUGCACUGUAUCCUGUUACCAUCUCGGGAAAACAGUUUUAUUGCACAUAAUGUUUGUGGCUCUCCAUCUUAUGGUAUUUAUUUAUUUAAUGUUUAUUUAACAUAUAUACAACAAUAAACUGAAUGCUAUACAUGCAAAAAGACAAAUACAGUAGAUAAUACAGUGGAUAGCUAGAUGACAUGAAUACAUAAACACUGCUGCAAAAUUUAGAUCAAACAAUUACAAAAGUUAAAUUCAACAUUAAACAUUAAUAAAGUGCUAUUUUAGUCAUGCUUUUGGUACCAUGUGACCCUGGUGACUUACAGUAGCCUGCUAUAAACUGGUUGCUGUUAAGGUCAGGGUGUUGUGGCUGAUUGGUGUCAGUUGCCACACUUUAUAAGAUGCAGGGUCAACCACAGGGAAAUAGGAUUUAAACUCUCUUCUUGUGUGCUUCUCAUACUGUUAAGCAAAGUCCACACCAUCCAGUCUGUGCAGCUCUGUCUUGCACCAUGUUAAGUUGUCAAUCCUGCUGAUUAUCUGCAUUUUUGUUGAAAUCAGUCAGUAACUCUUUCAAGUUUUUGUCAAGAGGAUUUUAAGUUUUAAAGUUUUUGUUAUUUUCUCUUUCUAAAAACAGUAAGCUUUAAUGACUGACAUGGCUUCAUUCAUUAUUUUCAAACUGUUUUCAGAUGAGUUUUCUUUCCUAUACAAGACUGUCUUCUACUUUCUCGAACAGCAGUGACAUAUAGAACAAAAACAUACUUGAAAUAUUUUCUGUAGAUACAAUAGUACGGAUCCUUCCUGACUUAUUCAGUAUUGUUCGAGUAAUACCCGCCCUUUAACACCCACUCUAUGAUGAUUUGAAUGCUCUGCUGCAGUAAGAGUUUAUCUGUAAAUGACUGUCUGCAGUGAAAUCAGUAAUGGCGGCACUUUACAUUUCCACUCCAUCUCCACAGUUGAUUUCGUUGACGUGGAGUGCCCUUCAGCUACUGGCUGUGGCUCUAACCGCUGCUGUGUCGAUGUGACAAUGACAAUGUUUUGGCCAUUAGCCAUGGUUGACCUUGACACACUGAGACAAGAGAACGCUGCUAUCAAAUAAAGUACUCUGCCUCUGAAUGGAAGAGAAUUGCUCAUGAUGCAUUCACUGUCACAUUUGGUGCACUUUUGAAUGUGAGAUGAUUUAAAGUUUACUUUGUAAUUACUGGUAUAGUUUAGACUUAUUACAUGGGCUGAAUAUGCAAUUACUUUUAAUGCAUCAGUUGUAAGGGUCAAAUUGUGUGAAUCAUUAUAAUGGAAACAGGUAGAGAUGGCAAAGUACAAGGGAGGUGAAUGCAAAGUCAGCGGGAAUAACAGACUUUUUACAAUUACACAUAAAUCAAACCAUCGCAGGGCUUUACAGUAACGUUUAGACUGCGGGUAGAUUGUAAUAAGACAUGCAGUUUAUAUUUAUGCCUGGAAACUGGAUGUUGCCUAAAAUUUUAGUCAUGUACUAUUUAUUUAUAUACUGACUUAAAGGGAUAUUCCAGUGUAAAAUUAAGUUAGGGUCAAACACACCGUAACACUGAGUUAGACACCCCCUCGAGAGAUGAAUGUUGCCGUCUGAUCAUAAAUGUAUCAUUUCUUUGAAGGAAUAAUCAUCAUAUUAUUUUGCACUGCAGACGCAGUAGUUCUUCUGCCUUAGCGUCUCAGUCUGAUUGCAUUUCCAUGAAGAAAUGAUCAUAAAUGUUAUUCCUUGAGCUGCGUAACCCCGCUGCAGACGGUGAUCGACUCAUUUGAGGUCUCCCUACAAACAAGCAGUUGCUGGAAGAGAGUAGGUGAGUUGUGUUUAGAAGUUAAGUUAUGUUAGGCUCUCUUUCUGCCUGCAGAUUGAGAGGGUAACAUUCAAGACCUCCAACUAAGAAGAAAAACUUUUAGACAUAAGUACAAAUAGCCAUAGCUAUAUGCCUCUUACCUCUGUUUACCAGCAAAGGAACACAAAAACCCUCAACGCUAUGAUUCAACAAGUUACAACAUGGACUAUGACGAGGCUAUGACCUAUAUUUGUUGAGCAUUUUUCCUGCCAAUCAUUACUUCAUUGUCUUGCCCUGAUUUCAUCUCCUUCAGCAGCUUUGAAUCAUGUGCUUUGAGGCUCAAAGUACCCGAUGUACCAUAAAGCUGUUUUUUCAAGGUAAAGUUCUUGUUUAUGCAGCUAUAUGAGGUCACUUGGUAUUGAUGUGACCCUUUUCAAAUAAAGGGAUCUGCAUGACGCACUUGAUGCAUUCAUUAAGUUCAUGCAAAUGUGAAGUCAUCCCAGGGAAAAUAUGAUGCCCACAAAAAAUCCUCAGUCUAGGGAACUUAAAGGACCUCUUCUCCCAGUGAUACUAGCUUAACCGAUGUAUAGCUGGGCUUGAGCAAACAACAAAGGAAACAGAGGCAUAUACUGUGCUGUAUAUGGGCCAAGUUUUCAGAGACAGUGUCUGACAAUAGCAACACGCACACACGUGUACAGAAAAGCAGAUAAUAUCUUGGGUGUUUUCCUCUAACAGAAGGGAGUCUUAAAAAUGGAUCAGUGAGUGUGUGUGGGGGACAGAUGGAGGAUUUGACUUUGCUUCAGAGGAGAAUCUGAACUCACAGAGCACUUUCAGAGCCAUUAUAUGGUAUAAAAGUCAAGUUCUCCCCACUCGUCGUCACCUGCUUCCCUUCGCACCCUCUCCUCUUCUCACUUCUGCCUCUCACUUUGCGUUUCCCCUCAUCUCCACUUUCAUUCCUCUCACCUGCUCAAUGCUCGCGGCUGUGUGGAGACGCUAAAGUGUGAUUGUGUUCAUGUUGUAUUUGUGCAGCACUUUGAGCAGCACUUGGAGUGUUCAGUAUCUUUAUAUAUACAUGUGUGUGUGUGUGAUCACAGAGAAGUCAAUAUUCCUCUGCGGUGUAUUUCUGCUCUCGCUCUGUGGCUCACGAGGGUACAGCAGUCACGAUUCCAGUAAAUACGUGUGUUUGUAUGUGUGUUGCCGGGGUGUGGGAGUUGGGUUCGUAGCCUAGAUUAAUUUCUUGCAAAAAAACAAGAGAGGGGAAAAUGAAAGGAGGGAAAAGAAGUGACAGAAGAAACAGCUCUGGGGAAAGAGGAAAAUGGCCUGUGUGGUUAAAAGGAAAGGAAGUGGAGAAAGAGGGAGAGUGUUACUGUACAAUAACACAGGAGAGGAAGAAAAAGAAGGGAAACUGAGGAGGAGUGGGAGACAGAAACCAAGACUGACAGAAAGCUAAUGAGCAGUGCGCCAGUGUGAGACCAGGGGAAAGGCCGGCAAAGAAGAGGGAGAAAGAGAAAGGGUAGAAAAGAGAGGAAGGGGUAAAGCGCACUUUAAUCUGGAUUUUCAUGAUUUAGUACAUCGAAAAUAAGUUACUGGAGCAAAAACCAGUGCAGAUCAAAAGCAGCAAGAUCUCAGCUCUUUACUAACACUACUUUGCAUCAGGGUCCUGCUCAGCUAUCAGGGUUCGAAGACGCACAAUCACCUGCUCACUGUACAUGAUCCUUUACACGGAAUCAUGGAACAAUAGGUGCGACAACAAAUACAGAUUUAUUUUUGUUGUCAACACAUACACACACAAACAAAAUCUCACAGCAGAGGCCGCAGUGCACCGAGGUGUGAAAUUUAUUUUACAGCCCUGACAUGCUCUGUGAAUCACUCAUACUGUUGCUAUGGAGACUCAUUCCUUGGAUAUCAUCUCAGACUAACACUUUUAAUUGCCAACCUUUAGUCUUGUUUAAAGGGGUAAAGAUGAGUACUUGGGCUCAUUCAAAGAUGACUUUUUAGAACCUAAAACUGUCCAAGCUUAUUUUUCCAGUCCCGUGAAACAAAGUCGAUUUAGGUUUGUACUUUAUAAUGAUGCUUUAUUGAUGAUUUUUCUGCUUUUGCUCCCCAGCCAGGCAGCUAAAGUGCAUAGUCAGUGCACGAACAAUGUCCCAGGAGUCUGUAGUUUGUUUGCCUAACAGCCCUGAACUUGAGAUUGUUGAUAAUGCAAGGUCUGAAUUUUAGCCAAGUUCACAAGUUUUUCAAUUCUGUCUAGAGUCAGUGUUUUAGUAAGAGAGUCUGAACUGAAGCCAAGUCAUACAAAGGACGAAUUUUCCAGACCUCAAGGAACACCUGUUCAGUGCGGGCCAUUUUUUAAAACAAAGUUAUCUCAUGAGUUUUUUCAUGUUCAUAUAAAACUAGGAGCAUCUAUUUUUAUGUUUAGAUCUUAUGUUUAGAUUCAUGGAUAUACACAGACAAAACAAAAAUAGAACAGAUCCUCUCAACCAUGCCCACAAAAAAGGAAAGGGAAGAGGGGAAAAACACCACAUCAAGGUAACAGGUACAACUUACUUAGACAAGAAACAAAGACGUUUUUUUAAAAUUAGUUAAUUGGGAGAAAUUUUUCAAACCCUGAAAAUCAGUCUGCUAGAGUCUUGUGGGUCUCAUGAAGCACAGACGUAAUUUGUCAAAAGCUUUAACCAUCUAAAAAAAAUGUUACUUUAUGCCACAGCAAAUCAAUACACAGGCACCAGGACCAAACGGCUGAUCAAGCCGAAAACUGGUUUCCCUCAGUUUGGACCGCCCACAAGGUCCUUGAUUGGCUCUGCCACAGGGCCGCUUUUUGUGUGUGAUUGGCUAUCCCUGCUGUUAGUGAUAAAAAGCCCGCCGGACUAGUGUUCUGCAAGUUGCUUGUAAGAGUCAGUCCGGGAAAUUCGCUAUUCGCUGAUGUAAGUUUACAGAAGGGCGGUGUUUUCCCUCCGUAACGUCACAUUCAUCGGAGGUAUCAUUUACAUCCCUGUAUCGGGUUUGUACUUCCAACCACCUGCUGGCUGUAUUGCCUCCUCUGUUACUGUGUGCGGGAGAUCUGCUGUUUGCAAGGAAAUAUGUCUCAACAGUACUCAGCAGUACUCAAGUCACAUGUGUCCCUCUCACCUUUGAAAUCAAAAUUUCGUCCAUGCCAUGAAGUAAUCUUGUGCUGAGAGUUAAGUUAGUGAUUAUGUUGAAUACAGUCCCAACAGAAUGAGACAAGCUCUGAUGUAAAGUGGAGAAAAACGGGUAAAGAGGUGGAAGUGAGGCAGGCCUGAAGCGUCCUUACUUAUGCAAAUAGUACAUAGCUCUUCAACCUCAAAUGAUUGAAUUGGAUGAGUCAUAAACAAAAUUUUCCCCUUUUUACACAGUGCACAAAUCAGGAAAUGGAGUAUUUAAGCCGGGCUGUAAAUCUCAUAGUUUAUGCUUUAUAAACUGAUAUGACAUGGACCUAUUACAGGUUAUUUGGCUAUUAGAGUCUGCCCCAAGUGGACACUUUAGUAGCUGCAGUCAUUUGCACUGCCAUGGUGGCCCAUGGCAGACACCCAAGGUUGCUGUCACGAGGUAAAUUUGACAUUUAUGUUGUAAAGUGACACAAAGCAUUUUUAUCCUAAAUUUACUUUGAAAAAUUUAAAUUUCAUGUUGCCCUCUUUUUCCUGCUGCAACCAGCUCACAUUCUAAUAUUCUUGCCUUUGGAGGUUUUACUUCAGGAGGGUAGGGGGUCUGAGUUGGUUGACAUUAAAAAGAAAUCAAGAAAUUUAGUGUUGAAUAUGGUGAUAAGAUUUUUAAGUUCAUUCAGUUUCUGACAACAUGAGUCUUCUACUCCGAGAGGAAUUAUUUGAACAUGACUCAGUUUAGUUCAUUCAUAACAGUUCUGUAUUUUACAAGCAAACUGUUGCCAAAAAGAGAUUUUUUUCCCCGCCUGAGUUUGAGUGUAGUUCAAAUAUGAGAGGAGCUGGAACUGGAGCUGGGAUCCCACUCCUCCGCUAGGCUAAUCUAUUGGAAAAACAUUUGACUGUGCACCCACCAACCCCGUCAUGGCAGAGAUGUUCCUGUCAUGACAUCAACCUGAGACACUCAUUGACAUUGAUUGAUUUGGCCCAGCUCCUGCUGUGGCGGGUUCUCCCCCAGCUCUAUUACCGGGAAGUCUGGAUGCCUGCCGGGAAGAUGUCCCCAUGAGAACAUUUAUCUUGGGACACAAAAACACACACACGUACACAGGAGCACACACACACAUUUACUUAGCCUAACAGUCAUGUGGCCAUAGAGUACAUCAGCCUUUGUCUUAAAACAUGUUCUCAGUUUGUGAUUUGUGCUUCAAAAACACUGGCUUCAGCCUGUUUGAACUGCUGUUUGAACCUUUUGUACCAGGAUAAAGUGGAUUACACCAAUCCGCUCUAUUGUCUCUACGCUUCUCCUACUUUUCACACUCUUUUACUCUUUUACUCUGCUCCAUUUUCUUGUGAAAGGUAGGGAUUAAAAGAGAGUAAUUCCCUGACAUUCAUUUGAUUUCUGCCUUUUUGAACUGGCACUGUCCACUCAAAUUAGUUUUUCAAAAUAAACUUCAAUGUAAAUGUUUGUUCAAAGUAAUUUUUCGGAUUGCAACUGUGAAAAUCAAUAAUAGAGAAAAAGUUUUGAUUUUCUUGGAAAUAUUGAUUUGAUUUUGAAAAGGUCUCCUGUUGAGAUGUUGACACUUAGAUUGUCUUUAGCAUCACACAUAAUCUGAAUCUGAUUCUGGAUUCUUGACUUAGAGCAGUGUUUCUCAAGUCCAGUCCUCGAGCCCCCCUGUCUUGCAUGUUUUGGAUGUUUCCCUGCUCCAACACACCUGAUUCUAAUGAUCAGCUCGUUAUUAAGCCAUUCCAGAGCUUGAUAACGUGAUCAUUUGAAAGGUGGUGGAGGUUUUUCCAAUUCUGACAUGAUUUCCAAGAUGCUUCUGGAUGUCCAUCUUCACUGGAUAAGAUGUGUAUCUCGUCCUUUUGGUUACUUUUCACUGACCUUAUGAAGUUUGAAAAUUUCCCCCUCAUGACAUCAAACUGAAUUUGGAUUCUGCAGGUACAUAAAAGUUUGGCAAAAUAAGCAGGUAGCAGUGAACUAAAGUCUUGAAGUCAUUAAAUAUGAAAUCUGAUUAAUAUUGAUGACAGGUUAAAGGUGGUUUUUGAGUCGCUGCUUUUGUGUUUGUUAUCCAUGAGCCUUGUAUACCCCUCCCUCCUAAAACCUCUCUAUUUAAACACAGAUAUAAAUGCUGCUACGGCAUUGUCACAUGCUAUCUGCAUUCUUGUGUGCUCUUAAGCAUGUUUGUUUGUGUUUUCCAACCUCGUUAGCAUAAUUUAGUGGAUAUUUCUGGGGGUUUUGCAUGCCUUUACGGUGUGUGUAUGUAUGUGUGUGUGUGUAUGUGCGUUUGUGAGGGGCUUGCCUGAAAAUCCCUCUUCUCUGCAGCUCCAGCAGCAGAGAGAAAGUAGAGCAGUGGAGCACACGUGAGGGAGAGGGAGCGUGGGUAAUUGCGAUUCUGGUUGCGCAUGUGUGGAGCUGUGGAGACGGGAUCAAAGACGGAGGGCGCAUUUGUGUUUGCUUGCAGAGCAUUUUUUCAAGAAUUUAUUUUUACUUGUUUUCCUCCUUGUGAGACUUCUCUGUCCAUGCAUGCGGGUUUAAAAAACUAAUCUCUAUAUGCGUGCACAGUCACACGCAUGUAUGUGUGUGUGUGUGCGUGCAUGCGUGUGUGUGUGGCAGAGAAUGGACUGCUGAGCCUAGGCCUCCCGGCUCUCCAGAGAUUUUCACACGGGCCAGGCAUGAUUCUCUGCACGUGCUCCAUCAUACACGAACUCGCCACUCACAUUGGCAGAAAGACCGCAACACACACAAACAUGAAUAAAUCACAGAAUUUUGGUGUUCAUCCAGUCAUAUCUGUAAAUACUAGUCAUUAGCAUCCACCAGCUUUGUAGUUAUAGAUUGCCAACAUGUGUGGAAUAAUGUGUCUGAUCUAAAGGCAUCUGUGGAUUUAAGAAACGGUUUUUUUUUUUCUCCCUCAUUAAUGUAGAAAUAAGCAAGACAGCAUCGAUUUUCAGGCAGAGUACAGUCGCCCUCAUUAGGAUACAUUUGCUGCAAGUCGUGAUGCACAAAAAAAACCUAUAUUCCUUAUUUACUUCUCAGCCUGUAUGCACAUUUUCUGCACACAUGCCUCUUUGCUCUGUUCGCCGUCCUGGCUCUCUCAGUCUGUUAAUCCUGCGUUGGUCCCAGCUGUGAACAGGGAAGCCCCUGGAGCCAGACACAAUCCCUCUGUUCCCUUUCACACACAUACCCUCCAUCCCACUCACUUACUUCAACUCAUACAGACCGCCUGUCCGCAUGGAUAUAACGUGUCCUGUAAUGUGCUGACAUGGGUAAGCAGAUGCAUCUAAAACAUGAAUCACUGCUAAAUCUUUUAAAUGCGCGUCAACACAUACAUCUCAUGCUUUAAUACUACCAUGAAGCAUCCACAACACACUUUGUGCACACGCAGUGGUGUUUGUUUCAAAUCCCAUAGUUCACUGUCAUGUCAUCUGUGCACCUGAUUGCGGGAGAAACUGUGAGGACAGAUUAUUUCCCUUUCUUUUACAACACAAACGGUACAAUCUGUGCAUACGAUGGAGAUUAUAAUCUGCAGGGACUACUCUUUCAUGCAGUGUAUCUGUGUUUGUGUGUGUGCCUUAGCAAUAAGAAAAGAGAGAAUUAUUUUUAAAUGACAGGGAAAAUGUGCAUGAUACUAACAGAUAAAGAGAAAAGAGAGGAUGCACGUUGAUAUCACAAUAAAAAACAUUUCUAUCAAACAUGAAAAUGACACUUUAAGUUUGUAAGAAAGAAAAGAAAACAGCACGCAGCAUAUCUGCACCACUGCAGAGGCACGACCCAAAUCAAGGUAAACACGGGUCAUGUGCAGAGAAAUUCAGACACACAUACACUCACGCUGAACGUCCGGCCCAGCUCACCAUCGCCUAGGCGACAGGAUUGACUACAGAGCACUGUUCCUAUGGAAACAACGGAUGCCUUAAGGAGGAAGAUCAUUAAUUGGAAUCAGAAAAUAUAGGAGAGGAAGAUAAGGAAGACUUGAGACAAGAAGGUGGAGAGGUGGGGUGGUGGUGGUGGUGGGGAAGUUGAGCUCAGCAAAAGGUGUGGUCAGAAAAGCUGUAACACUGAGUCUUUUUUGUGUUCUUAUUUUGUCUCUCUCUUUCUGCUCGUUUUCUGUCAGCAGAUGUGUGCUCCUGAUUGUUAUCCAGGUGAGAUGAGAUGAGUGCAGAGAGUAAAAGAGGUGAAAAUCACAUUUAGAAUUGAUUUGUGGAGAAUCAAUGUAGGCCACCAUGAAGUGUAGAGUAGGGUUCCUCCUGUAGACGGUUGGUAGACCACACAAAUCUCCCAGGAGUUAAUGUCUCUGUGUGUGUUUGUGUGUUAUUGACUGGCGGUGUGAGGACUUUUUUUUGUUCAUCCAGCCUUUUAUCACUGUUUGUUUGUGUGCUGCAGUGUUCCUGACCUUUUUUUGUCUGAAGUAUCCCAGCAGCCCUCUGUGAUGAGUUCAAGUACCCCCUCAUCAACACCACAUGUCAUAGCUUGAUGUGUCCUGUUUAGCUAUUUUAAACCACUUUAAAGUUCCAGUCAUCGAACCCUUAGCUUUUACUUCAUCACAGUAUUAUUCUGGUUAAAAGACAGUCACUAGUAACUUAACUUUUGAAGUUAUUGAAGUCUCUGUGUAACUUACUGGCUACUGUUCAACUGAUACCAGUUUGUACCUGAUGCGAGCAAGAAAUGAUUGUCGUAGAUAUAAAAGGAGAUGGAAAAAGAAGACUUUACUGAAAGUAGUGUAAUGCUAACUGCUGGCAACACUGGAAUUACUGAAAAGCUGGCAUCCGAUCCCAGAGGUGUUCACUGUGUAGCAACAUCUUUGGUCCUGGGUCCUGGUCGUGUGUUGGAGGAUUUUUACAACCAAAAAUGUCACUUUGCUUCCUAACCUAUCAGGCUUUGAAUAUCUUUGCAGAAAAUGUGAAAGGUGUUUUCAGUUUGCUGAUACCUGUCUAAUGGCAGCAACAAUAGGCAUUAUAAAGAACUGUAUGGAAAUGACCGUCUUACUGAUGCUCUUAUUCGUGUUUGCAGAUCACAUCCAAGCUUCAGUAGCCUACCCCUUUUUUUGUAAGUUUUGUAACCAGGUCAAAACUCUCACAGUAGCUUAGACGAAACCAUUUUUGUCGUAUCUCCCCCUGCAGUUUGUGAAACAAUAAGCUAACCCAGGAUUUCCACAUCAUGCAGAACGGCUCCAAUCUGGAACGGCUCCCAUCCAGAAUGGUGGCGAUUUUCGCCAUAUGCCAAUUCCUACCGGAUCUGUUUGUGAAAUGAGUUUCGUGGCGGAUACAGACAGCAGGAAUCACUUCUAGAUUUUUAGAAUCAACAUCUCCUCAUCCAUGGCGUCAUCAGGAUGAAACGCUGUCUAUAAACCUUUCACUUGUUUGUCCCCGCCUGUUUGCAUGGUGUGAAAUACGAUCCGCCUGAAACACGGAGUGUUUUAUUUUGAAAAGAAGCCGGAUGUUUUACUUUGUGUCUGUGCCCGACUUCCUUUCAAGCAUGGGUUAAUCUGUGCUGAAUUUAUUCAGCAUGCCACGGCAUCUGUAAAAAAUAGAACUCUGGAAAUUAACAUAUUAACUUGAAUGGUUACGAUCAGCAGAUACGGCCUUUUUGUAGCCAUCCCGGAUGUGGUGGAAAUCACCAGUAACUGUUUGUGGGCCGUGUCGUUACAUUUUAAAGAUACUAAGGUGACCAGAAGUCCUUGAUUUCCGGGGACAUACCCCGUUUUGAAUGACCUGUCCCUGGCUUAGGCUGUACCCGGAAAUGUCCCCAAUCUAAGCAUUUCAUGAAUGAGAAAAAAAUGUUGCGUGUAGACUAGAACAAGGGUUAUUGCGUGCAGUCCUGAACAACAGUUUUUGGAGGGUUAUUACGGAGGGCAUGUGCUGCAACUAAGUAGUACCGAGUUGUUGUCUGUGACCACACAGCCGAUGCCCAAUGCUGCUCUCCAGAAAUAGAGGGCCUGAAAUCACAUUUUGCUCAGCAUCCCCCCCCCCGACCGCUGGAUGUCCCUGGAUUGGUCACCUUAAGAUCAACAUGAGUGUGCCAGCAGUCUGAUAAUCAACUGGUAUUCAAGAAUAUGUCCAGAAGACCAAAACUUUUCCUUAAACAACAAUUUGAACUCCAUCAACUUUUAGCAGGAUGGAAUUAUUUUUGUUCUAUCACAGGAUAUUAUGAAGUUUCCUUUUGUUCACGCCCGCAAAAGUUACCAAAUAGAGACUUAUUUUCCCCUAUACAUCCUGAAAUAACUAUUAUGUAAGUCGCACUUAAACUUAAAGAAGAAUAAAUUAGUGUUUAUGCAAUCACAGGAAGCCACACUUAUAUUUACAUUCUCUGUUUCUAUUUAAAAGCCUUGAACCAAAACUUCCCACACUCUGCAGCCUUAAAGGUGUUAUUCCCUAUUAUUGAUACAGAGUGUUGGCUGAGUUGACUGUAGUGCCUGGAAGCUUCUUUGAUAGGAUACACUCUCCCUGUCCGGUUCUGGCUUCGUCCCUAUCCUUGCUCUCCUUUGUUCUUCGAUCACAGGGAGUCAGAAUGCAGGAGGAUCGAUACAGACACUUUCCCUCAUUAAAGCCUUCAAAGUGAGAGCGGAGGGCAAGAGCAGAAUGAAGGAGGCACCACUGAAUUGCUUAGUGUUUAUCUGUUUCUGUUUGUUGAACCAUUGGAAAUUAUAUUUGGAGUCAUGUGCAUCUCUCGCACUGUUUGAGCGCCUUGACGUUUGUUCAUGCAUGUGUUUGCAAGAGCAGGCAUUAGUGCUUCUGUUUGAGGUAUAUCUCGACGGAUAGGACCCAGCCCAAGUGUGAAAACAGCUUUCCUCCACACAGCAAAUCAAUCAGGCCGGCAGCCAGGUCACUUUCUCUCCUCCCCUGUGUUUUAUUUUUUUCUCUUUCUCCUUUACCUGAACCUUUCACCGUCUGCCGAGAGCUGGCCCAAGUCGAUCAUCUUUUGUCUUCCCGCACUUGGGUCCCGCAGCGGACACUCAGAAGACUCAUAAGACGCCGAGUUUUCCUGCUGGCUCAGGUCCACACAAUAUUAUACAGGUUCCAUCUCAGGUGACCAGAAUGACCUCCUCUCUCUUGAGCUAAUGGACCAGAGCAGACAGCUAAAGUAACAGCUAUUUGGUGCUUAAAGGAGUGGUCAAAGCAAGAAGAGGGCUCUGAUCUGGGCUCGGAAAUAGACCUGUGUUCUGCAGGUAUGAACAGGUCAUGUUUAUUAUCAAUUUUCAGCAGCAGAGGGUUUUUUUUCUUUUAUACUCUGCUUUUGCUGAGGAAAGGGUCAUGGGGCAAGCAUCUACAGACACCAGGCUACAAGCAAUUAAAGUCUGACUUGUUCUAAAUGACUUUGCAACUAGUGUUUAAUAAUGGUAAUGGUAUUCUGGGUGGCGUCACCAAGACUUUGUGAAUGUAUUAUUCUUUCGAGGCUAACCUGCCCUGCUCACUCUGACUCUAAUGGGGCGCUCACACCAAGCAUGAGAAAAGUCAUCUACUUGCCUAAUUUGUGCGAAUCUAGACGUGUGACUGAUUAGUAUUUACUUGCUUCAGUACAGUAAUUUAAACCUUAACCCCUGCCGUAACCAACCGGAGGGAUCAAGUGAUAGACAAAGAAUUUUUACAACUUACCAGGUAAUCGGACCUCCUCACUCACUUGCGUCUAUGCGAACUCCUUUUUAUUCUGGUUUCGGUAAUUGUAAGAAAAGGUAUCAUAUAAUUCGGGGCAUCCACACACCAACACGAUCAGUUUGACCUCCAUUAUAGAUACCAGUGAACAACCGUCUGUUUUCAUACUGUACGUCACCCAGCAAUCUUCGUGCUGAUGAGUCAUCGCGACAUGUCUAUCCGCUCAAAUUGAGACAUUUGUAGCUCCCGCCCAAUUCACGUCAUUCGCGCCCCCAGAGCAGCAGGAGCGUCUAAUCACGUCUGUGCGUUGGCUUAACAUGUAAGUCAUUCGCGUGAAUGAUUCUACCCAUGCUUGUGUGGAAACAGUAACUUUUGUAUUCUAUUUUUUGUGACCUUUAAGUUCAGUCUUCAUCCUCUGUUGUCCUUUUCCACCUCUGUUUCUUUAUCUCCUCCUCCAUAUACAUCGCCCUUCCCCCUCAUCAUUAUUACUCAGUGUCUAUAACCUCCUGAACUCAAGGGCAGAGCACGCCGCCAGAUGUGCCGCACAGCUGGACUCCGCCACUUAGACUCUCACACACUCAAACACAUGCAUAUAUCCUUGAGUGGACAUUGACAGCAUCCCUCACAAAUCCACUCGCUCACGCAGACAACACAAGCCUCCCUCCAGUUGCCACAGCACCAGAUGUCUCUUUAGACCUCUACUCUGUAUGUCCUUAUAUUUUGUUUUUACAGGACUCAGAAAUCUGGGGGAGCGCCUCUUUUCAUUCGCUGUGAACUGCCUCUUGACAACCCCCCUGAUAAUUAUACAUUUAUUGAAUUGACACCUCCCAUGUAGGAAGGAGUGUGAUGCUGUGACAGUGACUUAUGCAUCCGCAACGCUGUGGCUGCCAGCAGCUGUCAGCGGGCUUUUGGCAGACACUUUCCCUCACACACACAUUAUUGUAUAUGCAGAGAAAUGUCGUUAUGGCUGAUGUGUGCCAACAGUGUAGAGUAAGAACGACAUAAAAGCAAUCAAGUCCAUAAAAGGACCUACAUCUGAAUCAAUCUGAGCAAGUUAAAUGCAAAAAUGUACUUGUGAUGUGAUUGCCUAUAAAUGACCUUGGUAUUAUGGUUUAAAAUACUUGUUUUAAAUGACCACUUAAAGACGUCCUUCACUCUAACAGUGGCUUUAUGUCCAGAUUGUCUCCUCUUACACACGACUGACUCACCAUUAACCAUUUUGCAAUUAAUUCACAUUUAUUCACUGUGGAUAACUUAAGAAGAGAAAUUUUUGAUUAGUAAACUACUAUAUUUUAAAUAUUUGUAUUGUGGAUUUCAGGGGUCAUUGUGGGUUGUGUGUGUUUAUGGACUGAAGCAGAGUUGUGUAAUACUCUAAAAUGAUUAAUUAAUAUGCUGUCUUCUGAACUGUCAGACUGUUGCUGCACACUUUCAUCCAGUUCCUCGCAGAUAAUCUGUAACGCCUAAAGAUACUGUCUCAUCUCAAACAGCGCAGUUUGUCUAAUUUCUCCUCCUCCUAAUGUUUUUCUGUCACUUUCUCUCCCAUUUCACUUCCCACUACUUGAUCAUAUUUUCCUCUUUUCUGCUGCCUGCAGUUAUAAAGUUGCUGAGAUAUAUUAAAAAAGCACAUUUACACUCUAAUAAUCAUCAAUUUUAUGAGAGACUCACCCUUAACUUUCUGUCUGUACAGUAAGUUUGUCAAUUUUACUUUUUUGUUGUUGUUGUUUGUUUUAAUUCCUACAGUUUUAGACAUUAAAUGAUCAUUUGGCUCAUAAUUAAUGUCUACGGUGGCCCUGAGGUGCAAAACACAAAUCGGCAAAUUAGAAAACACAAUGACAUUAACCAUUGUGUUGUCUCUUUUUGUGUUGUCUUUUCUCUUUUUGUGUUGUGUUUUCUGAUUUGCCUAUUUGUGUUUGGCACCUCAGGGCCACCGUAAAUAUCAGUAGCCAGUACACUGAAUAUCUUCUGCGUCAUAAGUAUUACGCUGUGUGGUAGUGCUAUGACCUUAGAGCAAAAAGGUUCCUAAUUCGAAUCCUUAUCUGUUAGCCUGUUCUGCGUGGGUACUCCACACAGUCUAAAAACAUGUUUGUCAGGUUAGUUGGUCUCACUAAAUUGUUGAGGUGUGAGUAUUUGCAUGGAUAGGCAUCUUGGAUAGGCUCCAGCUCCUCCUGCAACCCCAAAAGGAUAAGUGGUAGAGGUGAUAGAGAGGAUUUCUGCUUUCUUAUCCACAAAAUGGGUAUUUCAGAUCUGCGGAUCUACUUAUUGAUCCAGAUUUGAUGAAAAGUCUUCACGCUAGAGGAAACUCAAACAUUUUGUUCCUCAUGGUCAAAUAUGUAUGUGUUGUAACCGUAUAAGAAAUUGAUUUAAUGAUCUCUGUUUUUUCAGUGGGCGAGACCCAAAAGGACCUGAGAGAGUAACCUUAACUCAUGCCGCCCAUGCGAAAGUCAAAACCCAAGUUGGGCCACCCCAGUCUCAAAAUCUGAAUCUGCCCCUUCUUGUUAAUGUUGACAUCCUAAGUACGUGUACUUUUUGCAGCAAAGUGGACGGAUUCACAAGGACUUGAGGUCUUCUGUUGAUGGGACAGGAAGGCUAAAGUGAAAGACGAGGACUCAGCUUUCACCCAGAUAAAAGUCAGACAACUUCUCAAGGAUGGAUGGUGUUAUCGUCCUCAGUGACGGCCACUGCUUCACUGCCACUGUCUGAUCUCAUAGCUGUAAUGCAUUUCCUUAUAAUACAAAAAAAAAACAACCACAGAUAGACAGGAGGAGAUGUUAAAUACUUCAGCCUGAUCUGAUUGUCUCUCUAUUGACUCGAGGGCACGUGCUGUUUCUGCUGAGCCAAGCUCAUGAACAGACAGCACUGUUCUCCCAUCAAAAGUCAAUACUGAUCGCUUAUUGGCAGCUCCUCUCCCUCCGUGCUAUCAAUAUAAAUAAAUAUACAUUCAGAUUAUCAAAGAGAGGAGAUUUUAUUAAACAAAAUUAAAAUAACAAGGUUGAUUCACAAGUUUCUGUUACCUUUAAGUUGGUAUGAAGUAAAGCUAAGUGACUGAAUGCGUCAUAACACACUUCCUGUUUGCACAUCUUUGCGACCAGCUGUGUUUAUUCUAGACACACUUGUGUUUGUCUCACAGGCGAACUUCAGAAAGUCCGUCUGAACUCUGUUGCGGUUUGUCAGAGCUAUGGAGUGAAUGAGCCUCAGACAGUGUGAAUAAGUGUGCAAUCUGAACGUGUGCAUGACCCAUCUGUGCUACGGUUCUCUCUGCCAGCCGCUGCCCAUAUUGUCUGUCUCUGUCUGUGGUACACAACACGCUGAAGGCUCGCUGUGUGACAGCAGCAGAAUAGACCAACCCAGCAGGCUGCAGUCCAACCUCAGCCAGGGAAAGAUUAGAGAGCUAGAUGGAGAUGAGGGGGGGGGAGCACUGUGUGUGUGUGUGUGAGUGUGGAGGAAGAUGUUACAGGAAAUCUUCCAGGAGACGGCUUGGUCUGUAAUUUCUGGGAAACUUCCCUCUGCCGGGACUUUCGGAUACAUUUGUCAGACAUACAUGUCACUGCCUUCCUGAUAUUUUCUCGCUAACAAUCAAAUAAUGCUUUUUCUUUUUGUUAUUCAUUUUAUCUUUGAUUGUGUUUUCCUUUUUUCUUAAUAACCAUCGCCUAAUUUCUUGGUAAUUGACCCUUUUUAUACAAACUAUCUGCAAACAACAAGCACACAAACCUCUUUCUAGAUUUAGAUUUUUAGACCCGAUAGACACACGUUGAUUUCUUUGUUAACUACUAGGAUUAAGUUUGUUUUAAAAUGUCUAAAACUUGGAAAAAAAUAAAGCCUCACAAAGAAAGAACGAGUGUAACAUGUAACAUGUAGUCCAUGCUGGUCCGUAAUUGCGACCACAAGCCAUCACGGCAGUUACAUAAUGUUUGCUGUACAUGUCCAACAGACGUGUGAGAUGAAUGUCAAUGAGGUCCUCCAUCUUAUUUUUUAUUUCUAAUGUAGAGUCACGUUCACCAUCAAACACUUAAACUUUAACAAAUCCCAAACCAAAAACCCCCCAGUCAUCACAGGUAAGAAGUUGUAGACCCACUUUAGAGUGAUUUUUGUCAUGAUGAGAGGGUUGUGUUAGUGUCUGGACAGCACUGAGGCGUCAGAUUGUUUCAAAUUUAAGUCUUUCCACUUUACUUUUUGUCCUUUCCUCCGUGUUUCUGUUGAUAUUUUUUUCUCUCUCUAUCCUCCUCACCUCCCUCUUCCUCUCCGGCAACAAAAAAAUCUCUGCCGCCCUGCCUCCCCAGCCUGUUCUAGGGCCUGUUUCCAUAGCAACAGGUUACCAUGGAAACUAGGUGACAGUGCAGUGCAUCCCAUCCUGCUACAUUGCCGGGCAGGAGGUGCGCAGGAAAGGGAAAGUUUGUUUUGCUGCUCUUCUGUUUACUGAAACCGAAAUGAGACAGCGGGUUUGAUUUUAACCGUAACAAAGUGAAUUUUUAACCAACUGAGGAGAGAAAGGCUUGUGUUUAGUUGUAUGUUUGUCAUGUACACAAUCUUGAAAUUUCAAGAAAGUGCUUAAAGCUAUUUUAAACCUUACAAUCUGAUCAGUCUCUACAUUCAAAGGUGUGUGUGAAUAAUUCACAAAGCUUUGAGAAUGAACAAAACUCACAGGUAUUUUCUAAUAAUUUAGGCAGUGCUUUUUGUGAUUCAUGUGCAGCAGAAUAUCUCAUUGCUUUAAUAUGAUCUAUACUAAUUUUUCCCCCCAUCUUCUUCUGCUUUCUGUCCCCUUGAGUCUCUACAUUGUGCACAGAGAGCUGGAAAUAACUAUACCACUUGCCAAAUGAUGCAAUUAUGCAGAAAUGCCAAAAAAUGCACCCUGCUUUUAUGUCGCUUCAAAUUCAGAAAUAGAUGAGGAGACCGAGAUAACAGCGGAGCAGACAGAGCAUAAAGCCCCUCACGUGUAUAGAGAGGGAGGGAGGGAGGAGAGCGGGAAUGUUUUGCCGUGUUACACGUACAGAGCAGUUAAAAUGCUCCAGAGUGCCUCCACUUGCUUCAAACCCUGUAGGACUUCUGUAAGUUUUCAGUAGUCCUUGUCCUGUGAAGCAUAGAUUCAAUAAAUGAGGAAUACUGGAAAGCCUGACACUGUGCCGGCGUCCGUGUCUGCUGUGGGUUUCUGCAGCCAGAUUGUUGCUCCAGUACUUAAUUAUGAAAAACAACAGCCGAGGGGCAACUUGAAUUUUCACAAAACAAUGACAGCUUUUUGAAUCCAAGCACCCGUCCAGUCCUCAUUCAGAUGGAGAAACAGAAAGAGGGCUGAGAGAAGAGUGACAGAUAAGCAGAGCACAAACAAACAGAAGGUGCGACAGAUAGAUGGAGCGACCGUGUUAAACCUGCUGCUGAGGUGGUAUCAGCUCCUGUUACUAUCAAAAUGUGAUUAAAUUUUUUUUUCCAGAUUUAAAUGAAGCAUACUGCAGAUUCAUACAUGACUGCCAGCUGAUCUUUUUCAGACUGUGAUAGACCCGCAGAAAAACCCUGCAUUCAACGUGGCAGUAGAGCUGAUAACAGCAUAAACAUUUCAUGUUUUCUUUCCUUGUUAAAGCAGUACUUUAGAGGAUCUUUGGGGACUGAAGUGGGCGAGCUGCAUCUCUGUCUCCAGCGCUUGAGCUGACCUGGAUUCGGGCACGUGACGAGAUGCUGCUGUAGCAGUCUACACGCUGAAUAUUCUGCCCGCAGGAUGGACUGAUGCCACAAAAAUAUCUCCCAAAUACAGUUCACUAGUUCUCAGCGUGAGACAGGGCACUAUUGAGAGUCUGCUGAAUUGCUUGUGACAUUUUAAGGUUGUGCAAAGCAGCAAUCAGUGGUAGAUCAUUUGUCGUGGUUAUUUACUGACGGAGCUAAAAAAGUUAAAGGGAACAAGGUUGGAUUUCUUUUUUAGGUAGUUUUUAGCACAGAAAUUGUGGGCUGUUGAUGUUUUUGGAGCGUGUUUGGUGUGAGGCUUUGAUGUGCAGUGUUACUCUCUCUGGCUUUGAUGCCGGUGGCAAGAUGCAAAGGGAUUUGUUCAGUCCCCCUUUGGGAUUAGCUGUGGGAAAAGCACUCUUGAUGUUAUUUGUCAUCACUGUCCAUAGAAAUUAGCUCAACGUGCAGCUGUGAAAAUAUGCUGUCAACUACACUAAAGGCACAUAUGACAGCAGCAUGCUACUUAUUAGCUAGAUUUGACAUACUCCUAAAGAAAUGGAUCAUUGUUUUAUCUUUAUCAUAGUGCGGGUUGUUUUUCCAUCUUAUAAUUUCUGUUAGCUAAAGCUGUUUAAAACGUACAAAAUUGACUUGUGAAACUCAUCAAUGAUGGUUCCGAUUUCCUCUUUGUAACAUCAUGCUAGUCAGCUUGAUUUCGUAGUUUUUCGUUGGUUUUGGGAUUUUAACCAGAAUGCCUCACAGGCCUCUCAGGAUGCACUAACAUUAAAACACAAUAUUGACCACAGCAGAAGUCUCUUUUGAGUUCCUCUCUAACAUAAAGCCUUCUAGUGUUGACAGUUCAGCAAUAUAACAUGACUGUAUUAAUAAGGUUUAAUUUCUAGUUGAGUAUUCUUGCUCUGAUACAAAUAUUUUGAUUUAGUCCUCAGUUGUGUCUUUAGCACCAAGGCUUAAUCUGAAAGGGAGGUUCAGGGUUUAGCCUUUAAAUUUUUAACCUAAAAAUAACUCUUAUUCUCUAUCAAAACAGCAGCUUUUCUAUUAAAAGAUUAUAUUCAGGUUUGUAAAAAUGAACUUGUUUAUAAGUCAUGAUGUUUUAAGUGUACUGUCCUAUGGUAUGCUAUUUAUCAGGUCUGCUCGGUAAGUUGGGGUCAGUGAGUGAUUCGUUCACUGAACGUUUAGAAGAAUUCACACUGAACAUGCACCGUUCCCUUGCAAACCGCUGCAAUGUUAGGAUGCUGUGGGUUCAAUGCACUACUUGUUACAUGCUGUGUCCUAUUGUAUACAAGUUGGUGGCAAUUUAUCAGUAAAAAAAAGGUAGUUUUGUCCGCCAAAAAUUAUUCAAGAGUGUAGUUCAACGCGUGAUUCGUUCACCAAGUGAUUCAGGUGUCGGUGCAUGUGGUCCCUUGUUCACCGGCUGCUGGCCUGGCAUUUCUUUUUCUCACUUCAGCUCAACUUAGGUGAGAAACGAACGAAUCACUCGAGGAAGUGAUUCGGUUCAGUACAUUCACUUAAAAGACUGUUCUUUUGGUCGAAUUGUUCGAAAACAAAACAUGGUCUCGCAUUUUUGCGCAUUUGUCUGAGAUUUGAGCAGUUUACAUCUUUUUUCUAAGAAUAUGACAAAAUACAUUGACCUUGUGAUUUGAAACUUUGCAUCCAUGUAGUAUGGACACCAAACUUAGUUACUUUGCAGUUUUAGUUGUUCUUUUUGACGAUUAGUCUAGAUACUGAAGUACAAAAAAAUGGUUUGGAAAAGUCAUAAAGUGAGGAGACCUGAACGCAGACUUUAAUACAAUCUUGAUGCAACAGAAAAGAAAAAAAAACUAAAGGCUUAUGAUGAAAAGUGGCAGCAUAACAGGUUAAAAAAAAGAAAAGGCAGAAAAAGAGCCAGAUGGAACAUUACCCCAAAAAGCAGGGUUAAAAAGGUUGACAAAAAUAACUGGCACAAAAUGAAGAAAGUGGGGGGUCAGAGGAGAUGGACCACCAAAUUUACAAUUCAACAAAAAUAAUCACUGUGAUAGUUGAAUCUGGAUCAAAGCUUAAUAUAACACUCAUUUUCCAAAUGAUGCGCCUGUUGUUUUCCCACGAGUGUGUACUCUGCUGUGUAAAAUAUACUGUUUGUGGAUAUCAGCCACUCAUCAAACCAAAACAUUGAGUCAGAGCACUCCUCCUCCAGCGCACACCAAACUGAUCUCACUCUGACUUUCAAGAAACAACAGUGAGCAGUGAUGGAGCACAUCCAUUCAAGAGCCAGCAGAGCCAUACAAUAAAUACAACAAUUAACAGGCACUCUCUGUCAACAAAGCUGCUGUAGAGAGAUGUAGUGCAUAUGGCAUCUCGCCAGAGGGAGAGGCUGUGAACAGAGUCUGCCCGCAGGCAAACAACCUUUACUAGAGAGAGGAGGAUCCAAAAGAGAGUUGUUGGUGUCAUUAAAGACGACUGGGAUCGUUACUGAUAGUAUGCCAAGAAGAGUAUGCAAAUGGAAGAACUUGAUGGGGCAUUGAGCGAAUGGGGGGUGGUGUGUCUUUGCUGAUUGAUUAAAUGACUACUGGCUGGCUGUUGCAGCUCUGAGGUGUUUUCUGGCUUUCACGUAGUUGGUGGGGGUAAGUGAGUGAGUGGAAGUUUUACUGUGGGCAAUAAUGAUAAAGUGACAGUAGUGGGACUGAUCACUAGUCAUUAAAGGCUCCUGUAUUCUUGCUUAAAGCUCCUGUGAGGAGUUCUUGAUAAGUCAUGGGACAGAAUCAAACUUGCAAUGAUGAUGAUGCGUCUUUAUGAUGUAUAAAAGCAAAUAACAAUAGUCUCCAUAGUAAUUUUUAAUGCCUGAUACUGCUGUUAGCGGGUAGUUACACUAAAUAAACACCCUAUGAUACUUUCUCCACACUACAUAUUCACAAUGAAGGAUACAUUUCCAUGCAAAAGACAACAGAAGGAGAUUUUUUUGUCAAGCAAUAUCACUUUCACUAGGACCAAAACAAAAUACACAACAAUAUAAUGAUUACCGUUUUGUCCACAAGGGGCACCAAAGUCAAUACAGACACAAAGCUUUAAAAAGAGGUUUACUGAGGAAACAACUGAGAACAUUGCUGUGAGACAUGUUAAGUGUUUCUGCAAGCUCAUCAACUUGGGCAUGAAAGCAUGAGUGGGUGGGGUUGAAACACAGAUACCCAUCUUUCUCAUGCUUGUAUUAGUUUGAAGCACAGGUGGUACUUAAACAGUUAAAGUUAGUCAAAGCUUUCUAUUGUGCUCAACGAUGAUUUUUUUUUCCAUCAGUUUGCAGAUCACAAACAGUCCAAGCCAAGCAGAGUUGCUGAACAAACUGUUGAAGAAACUUAAAACUCAGAAUAUUUGACUUAUUGAAAGAGGUGCAUGAUUAGCAGUAGUUGUGAAUUACCUGAGUGACGAAUCAUGACAAAUGUUGUCCCAGGCUAUUUAACUCUGUUUUAGUUUGACUGUGGUUCCCUCAUUCCCCCAAAGGCUAACGAUAACACCUGCUACAGUGUUACCAUUAGCCAUUAGCCAAAUCAGUCAAGCACACGCAACUGAUUUACUGAAUGUAGAUUUGUAAGUUUCUCAACCGGUCGCUGGUUUUUACUCCCUUUUACUAUUUCAUAAAACUGCACAAAGAUACACCAGAGUUAAACUUGGAGUUCUUCAAUUCAAAUCCCUGACUCUGGUAGUAAACAGUGAAUAGUAGUAGCAGACCAACUUAACUUUUACCUGCUUCAGAUCAUGACAAAGCAGUUUUGUUGCUUGAGGCUGGGGUUUCAGCGUUGCUAGAGUGGUUGAAUGAAAAAACAUAGAUAAGAUAGAUUGUUGGUGUUAAUAUUGAUGUUUGUCAUUCCUGAUGGUAUUGAGUAAACAUCUACAUUUAACCUAAAAUACUCGCUCUUGAUACCCAUCCCCAGAGAAGACCAUUUCAUUCACUUCCUCUGUUAAUUCUCUAUUCUUCUUCCUCAUCACAUUGAAGCCCAUACUUCAGAACACCGUUUUCUUCCUCUUCCUCUCUCUCUCCCUCUCUGUAGUCAUCACAUCUUUAAUUUGGAUCCAGUUCCUCCUCUCUCACAUAAAGUACAGUCACACUACACUGGGCUCGAACCCAUCACUCGUUCCCUUGGGUGUGCAGCUCUGACUGCCUGGCUGUGAAGACUCUAACACUUGCCUAGUGUUCUGCCAUAUAAUGAGACAGUAGAAGCACCAUAAAAGAACAGUUUUAUGAUUUAUUUUUUAAUGAGUCUCUGCUCAGUUUUGUGUUACGAGUACGAGAUGCUUUAUGAUGUUGGUAGUAUAACUGGAAAGAAGAGGAGUCUGGACAGAGUUGAAAGAUUAUCCUCCUGUUUCCCUUAUAGUGGGCAGUUCUAGGGUUUUCACUCACCUUAUCCAAGGCGCUUGAACAGGCUGGAGGGUCUAUGAUUUUGUUCUUUUAUGUAAUUAUUAAAAAAAAGAAAGAAAACACUGUCUGGACUCAAAACGGUGUUAGAUAGAGGUGUCUUUUGGAUUGGGAUACAUGAAGUCAUAACUUACUGUACAAGAAACCUCCAGAGCAUUUCAUUAAACUACUGAGAUGGCUUUGUUGUUGUAGCAGAGUCAUGCAGACCUUAAAACAAACUCUCUGGAAGCAUUUUCAUUAUUUUGAUAGGACAGCUGAUCAGAAACACGGAAAUGUGGGGGUAGAGCCUGGGGAUGACAUCAAGAAAAGGGAGCUGAACUAGCAACCUAUGGGAUGUGUGCUGCAACCACUGAGCUGAACCAGUGCCUCAAAUCUUAAAGUAUUAACUAACACAUUUUAGCACAAAGUAUUUAAAGGCUGUUGAUGGAACAACAUGUGAAUGGGAUGGAUGUAUUAAUGCUGCGUUCUAGUUGUACUUUGAAGUCGGGAUUAUCGAGCUCCGAAUCAGAAAAAUUAAAUAAGUGGUAUAUGUUAUAUUGCCCAACGUCUGACUGUAAACACGGUGCUAUGGUUUUUGUAAAAAUAAAAUACUGUGUUAUGUGUUGUUUACAAUUGGUAUAACUAACAACAAUUAACAGCAUCUAACAAUGGCUAACAACAACUGACAACGGCUAAGGACAACCGACAAUUUUAAACAACAGCUAACAAUGGCUAACAGUAGGCGUCCAUCUUGGUUUUGUGACUUGUUUACUGGAGCGCUGUCUACUUGGGUGUAACGGCAUUCCCAGCUCCCCCAUCUAACUUUCGAGGUAACUGGAAUGCAGCAUUAGACUCCAAAUUUCCAAAAACUCUGCAUCUGUAAUUUCCAUAGUUCACACAUGUUUAUGUGCAUAAAUUCCUCUGUCAUUGUCAAUCAUUGCAAGUUUUUUUCCCUUACAGUUGGCAAAAAUAGCAGCAAGCGAUAUGCUGGCUUUAUUCUUUAAAGCUUUAUGAAACAUGUGAACUAACAGCCUCUGUCACUGAUUCACGCGGUGACUACAUUUUCAACAAAGCAGCAGAUUUCAACACAACGCCAGCUGUGUGCUAAAAAUGUAACCAUUGUAAAUUUUCCUGAAUAUCUCCCACUGCAUUCGUAGUGAAAAUUCCAGCUGUUUGCAUUGACACAUGCAGCUCAACCAGAGUUAUGUUCACGCAUGAAUAGUCCUCAUGUUGCUUAUCAGUACUGCACUCUUCAGGGAUUGAGAUCUAACCUGCACCCUCUGAUCAAAAGCUGCCUCUCUUACACUGCUCGUGAAAUUUUUGUUUCCUUCUGGCUCUGUUAUUUCAACCUCAAUAUAAAAAAAAGUGCUUGAAAGUAGUCCAUGCUAAUGUGAUUGGCACCUGUCAUUUCUUGAGAAUUACAGUUUGUUAGCAAACACUAAUAAGCCCUAAAGGGACUCAUGCUGACCAAUAAAAAGCUUGCAGUCUUCAGCCUUUGACACUAAUUGCUCCCUCUGUCUUGUUACGCCAACACACACAGCUGCUGGUCUUGACAAAUACUGUAAUACUAACACUGGAGGAUUUUCUCUUUUGGUCUCAGGCUGUAAGAAAUUAGACUCUGAAGGCAUGACUUGCUGCAGUAACAAAUCUGAUGUGGGUUAAUGUUUGUGUGUUUAACUCCUUGUGUUUAAAUUUAGCACAUGAAGCUGUUGAGCACUUGUUUUUUCCAAUGGUUAAAUUAACUUGUUCUUUAAAUAAAAUAAAAUAAACUUUCCUCCAGACAGGAUGAAGCAGCAUCAGACUUAAGUACAGUACGUGUAAGAACAUGGAGGAGGUAAUACCAUGAGCAUUAACAUUAAGUUUGAUCAUCUCGGCUGCAGUUGGAGUUUUGUUUAUCAGUACCACAGGAGCAGACUUGGCUUCUUGUACCCAAACUUCGAGAAUAAAUUAGCUGAAGUUGUUUGGGUUUUAUGAUAAAUAUCUUUUCUCAGGUUGUCAUGGAAACAGGCCUGCCCACAUCUGCAGCACCCUGCUACACUGAAAUGUUUUCUACAUCUAAUUAUCUCUGCAGUUACUCUGUAAAUUAGUGUUACUGUUAUUCAGCACAACUUGCAUUCAGCAAAUAAAUUGACACUAGAAAAGUUUCUUUUUGCAGGAUUCAUGCUGCGCUCUCUAAAGUCUGAAAAUUAACCUGAACUCUGUGAACGAGUGAAGGACAGAGAGAGUGAAAUAUUGUCCUUUAGUUGACCAGGCACUUUGGUUAUGCCAUCAGAUUUACUGUUUUAGCUAAACUAGCGUAUUUGUUCAGUUACCCGUUGGCCUGUAUCUCUCUCUGCUCCACAGAGAGAAAGCAAGAAAACUCCAGACAAUUUACUUGCAGCACUAAUGAGUUAUUUUGCCUCAAAUAAUAAGAGAGCACAUUUUGGGGAGGACAGCGAGGGUAAGCAAAGGAGAGCUCCUCCUGUUCGGCUGUAGGAUGAAUCACUCCAGCAGGUUGAGACCUGUGGGAGGAGAGUCUUUCUGGCCAUAUGGCCUGAGUGCUGAGACAAGAACGCCUGCUGACAUAUUUUAUUUUAAGUUGUUUUAUCUCUUUACUAACAGCACACAAGGGAGCACUGGAGUUUUAAAAGUGGAACACAUCUUUUGAAUUAACCUCUCAACCACCAGCCUUAGUCAUCAUAGAGCCUGUUUCACUGCAGAAACUCAGAGCAUCAGUGUCUCUGGCUGGUUCUUGGUACUUCACUUGGUACCACUUUGAUUGGCGUUUUGAUCAGUCAGACAUGUCUUGUCAUGUUUCAAGUAGAGAUUCACUGAUCCAUUAUUUUCCGAUCCAAUCUGAUACCUGGGCUGAGCGUAUCGGCCGAUAUCCGAUACCGAUCCAAUGAUACUGUUGAAUGGAUUACCUAUAUAUCUUGCCCUGUGAGCGAAGGCCUCAGGCUUGACAUUAGUCUUGUUAAAAAAAAAAAGGUUACAAAUAAACACAGAUAUAAAUUUACUUAAUAUUAUUUAUUAACAAAUAACAAAUUGCACAUUAGCACACAGCAAAAAGAAGUAAGACGUCCAUGUCAACAUUUAGUGCAAAAAGGAUAGACAUACAAUUUGUCAAUAUCAGAGCCGAUAUCCAAUCCAAAUAUCUGAUCUGAUCAUCCCUAGCUUCAAGUGAAAGUUGUUAAAGUCAGGGUUUGGUAUCUUUUAACAACCUCUGCAGGAGUUUCCAGGUGGUUCUUGCCAUGUCAUAUGAGAUAUUCUUGGCUCCAGAACCAGAGGCUUUCCUGUGCUACUGGCCCAGUAAAGACGGUUCUGUGUUAGUGUGCUGGUGGAACCUCCACCGGGCUGUCCUGUCCCCCUUCCCAGUCCCGCAGGGGAUCUCUUCAGCAGCCAGACACACUGGCCCAUUUUACUUCCCUUUCUGCCCUCCCGCCUUCUCUGCUUCUCUUACUGGGUCUCCCUGCACCUCCUCCUGCUGCCGCCAAACUCUUUAUCUCCAGCUCCUCUAAUAGCGCGAGAACCACACUUUGAUCAGUUGUUUCUGUUUUGGCUCUCAGGUCCAACCCUAGUAUCUGUCUCUGUUGACUGACUUUUCCAUUUUUGCCCAAGUGAUUACAAAUGCAUUAGCAGUUGGUGGCUAAAAGUCGUCAUACAAACUAGCUUCUGUGGGUGUUUUAGACUGUAAGUGUUGCUAAAUAGAGGAUUGCAACAAUUAAGUAAUUACCGGCGGGUUGCUGAUGCAAGUCUACUCACAAGAACUUAAUAGAUAAUUACAUAGAAGUGCAACUAAGGGCUUGAUAAGUGUAAGACGUGUCCUUGGCUUUAAAAGGUAGAAUCAGAUUUAGAGACUAGGAGAAGAUAAGGGCAGAGGGAGCAAGAUAGCAAGCCAAAAAGGGGGAACACACUCCCCUCCCCAGCUCCUCCUGCAUGUCAUCCAAACGUGUCACUGAGCCGAGCCGCUCACGUUUUGCUCCAGUUUCUGUGUGGCUCUUAUUCCUCUGAGUUUUACCAGUCCUUUUAAACUGUUCUGAAAGGCAGAUGAGGUUUUUUAAUUACACAUUCGCUGACUCUGUGCCUUGCCGUGCAAAGUUUUUCACAAAGUCUGCAUCAUUUUUCAUCAUACUGCAUCAGAAACAGAAAACAGAAAGCCUGACUGGUUUUGCAUAUUUGACUGCAGCAAAACGCUGAUUUGUAUCUGUCAGUGUUAGAAAGCAAUGACCGCGGGGUAAGGCAAAUCUUAACUCAAUCAAACAGAAGAAAUGCUCACACACAUGCACAUUUGGGGGAUGUAAACAUGAAAGUUAGCUGUGGGCUCGACAGUGGGCGGAUGUUGGUGUCUGCAGUGUGUGUGUGUGUGUGUGUCUGUGUCUCUCUGCCAAUGUGAAAAGUAGUUCAGUAAUUAAAGCAAACCUCUCUGCAGUCCCUGUUGGAAAGAGAGGAGGCAGAAAAGGGUGAGGAGGUAGUGAGAGGGAGUGGGUGAGAUAAAGAAGAAGAAGAAAGGCGAGAUAAAAGCCAGGGACGGUUUAUUUUUGAUGCAGAGGGAAGACAGGGAGGUUUUAAUUUUAGCUCGGCGUGCCGGAUCGCCACAAGGGGGAAUGUGGCAGCUGAUUGCAGAGAUGCCGAUCGGUUAGACAGGGAUGCACACGCAUUCACGGGCUCAGGAUUCACAUACACACACAUACACCAGCACUGACAUUACAUCUGGAAUGCCCCUGAAGAAGAGAGUUCCCCUCAUUUUCAGUCUAAUGAUGGAGGCACAGCUUUAGAGCGCUUUGUAACACAUGUGCAGCGACCCGGUUCAGAGGUUAAUUCACUGUCAAAAAACUCAAAUUCUCCUUCUUUACUGAACCGCCGUUUUCACCUAAAGUCAACACACUAAUUAGGCUGCUGUGCGAGAUUCACUGGCACACACUCAUGCUUGUCGACAGGCUGAAAAAAGCCUCAAAUCCCAUUGCAAUGUUGCUGCUUCUUCCCCCUGUAAACACUCGGUGCAGUUUUAGCGUGUUGUCGGAGCUUUUUUGUUAUUUUUUUUCUGCUCGUUAUCCGAAACUUUCUGGCGUUCUCCCCGCCUAACGAAGGCGUGAACUGCACUGCUCUGCCGCCUGUUGUGUUUGUUUUGAGAGGUGUCCCAUUCUGACCUACAUACAUUACCCUGACCAGCGCUAAACUUUGUCUCCAUGACAACAGGAGGUGUGAGGGGAGGGAUGCGCCCACUUGAAAAAAAAAAGGCAGGAUGCUGUUGUCUUCCUACUGUAGCACCAGCCCCUGCAAGCCCACACAGCGUGCACUUGGAGAUUUAUAUCAGAGCAGAUAUUCAAGAAGAAGAAGGUGUCGGGCCAAGAUAUCUCCAUUUUGAAGCCACUUUUUCUCUAUGUUUGCUCAAACACAAACGCACUUUUUUUUUGUUCUAGCAUGAGGCAUGAGUGGAUAGAUGUCGAGAGAAAAAGAAGGGAGGUCUUUGAUGUAUAAUUUAUCUAGGCAGUGGGUGGGCGGACAACGUGGGGUGUGAAGAGGGUGAGGAGAUGGGGGGGGGGGGGGGGGGGAAAUCGGUGGGGGAAAGGUGGGCGGCAAGGGAGUUGAAGGGAAUCCAACUCGCUCACGUUUUCCCUGUUAUCCAUUACUUUUUCAGGGCAAGUCAGCCUAAUAACUCAUUUGGAGGAUCAUGUAUGUGUGUUGUGUGUUUUUGUUCUUUGGCACCUCAACCUAAAAACUGGCUUUGAUUUUAAUCUAAUCAAUAAUAGAAGUAGUUUUCUGUCCGUUUUAAUUGAAACAUGUUUUGUAGAGAGACACUUUGCUCUCUAAAGCAAACUUAAACCUGCACAUGCACACAACCCAGCUUUCUCAGGUGCCUUAUAACAUCAGCACUUAUAGCUGAUGAAGGCAGCAGAUUCAAGAAAACAAUAAAGAAAGAGAGGGAUGAAAUGAGGAUGGAGGGAUGAACUGCAGAGGCUGUUCCACUCCGAGAGGAAAGAGCAAAGGAGCAGAUUUGCUUUAUUCAGAGAGUGGCAUAGAGACCUCAUUCCUUCAUCCCUCCCUCCCUUUUUUUUUCUCUCCAAGUUCCCCUCCUCUCACCCACUCCUUCUUCCUUUUUUUUCUGUCUCCUCAAGACGUUUCCACGUUUUUGCCAUCCACAUGCCUGGCUGCAGGCUACGGAUGAGGUGAAAUGGAAAGGAGGAGAGGUGGUUGAUUUCAAACGCACAUUCCUUCAGGAAUGGGGCGGGCUGCAGGCAGAGGGGGUCUGCAGAGCUACAUGAGACCAGUAAACAACCACAGAGGAGAUGGGAGCAAAUUCAUAAAGUAUAAUCUGAAAUAUGACCUAAAUAAAAAGUACACCACCUCCAUGCUUUUCUCUCUGCUCCAGUUCAAGUAUGUGUCUGUAUGUGCACAUUUAGCCGGGGUGAGUGUGCCUGUGUGUGGGUUCUGUUUGUGUACAGUACCUCCACAGAAGACAGUAGGAUGUGGUCCAUACCAGUCUGCUGACCACUGAUAGCACUCUGUUGUUGUUUCUACCCACUGAUCAGCUCUGCAUCAAACACCGUCAGGUGGGUACACAAACGCACAUGGACGGUCCACCUCGGCAUGCCUCACAUUUAAGCCUCCGCCAUGGCUGCAGAACAAACAACAAAUCGCUUCUUCUUUGGCAAAGUGAAGUGUUUUCUGUCAGCUUUCGAGUUUAGGGUCAGGAUGAAGUCAGCCCUCUGAGAUGCUCACACGGUCAUAAUAUUGAUUUCUGUUGUUGUUGUUUGUCUUAUUUAGGUCAGUUUGGUUAACCGAUCAUCAGUUACACCUAAAAAAAUAUCUGUGUAGGUUCUCACUUAUCUAGGUCAUGGUUGUCAUAUUCUUCAUCGAAAGAGCAACUUUUCUGACCAGGACUGAGCUGAUAACCUAGAUCUGAAAGAUACAGGACAUCCCUUUGUGGACAGCAAUGUUAGGGAAGACUGCUGGUUUGAAAGAGGUGUGAAGGACGCCAUCUUUAUCCAACUGGAGAAACCAUCCUUUAACCCCUGAUUUCCGUCUCAUCCGGUACGGCUCCAGUUUUGAACGGCGGUAAUUUCAGCCGUCCGCCAAUUUUUAUAGGAUCCGUUUGUGAGGCGAAUUUCAUGGCGGAUUACGGACAGCGGGAAUCGAAAGAACUCACAAGACCCUGCAGAUUCACAUGCAAUCACGCGAUAACAAGUUGUCUCUAUAGCCGCUAACCAUAUAAGCAGUAGAUUGUGUCCUUCUAGAGCAGGAAAUAUUUCCAGACUUCUAAGAUCAGCAUCUCCUCAUCCAUGGUGUCAUCGGGGUGAAAUGCUGCCUAAAAACCUUUCACGUGUUCGUCCCCGCCUGUUUGCAUGGUGUGAAAUACAAUCCACCUGAAACACAGAGGGUUUUAUUUUGAAAAGAAGCAGGAUAUUUUAUUUUGUGUCUGUGCCCGACUUCCUUUCAAGCAUGAGUUAAUUUGUGCUGAAUUUAUCCGGCGUGCUCUAGCAUCCAGAAAAAAUAAAACUCGGAGUCAAGUGAUCUGCAGCAGAACAGAAAGAAGCCGGUGGAAAUUGACACAUUAACUUGAAUGGUUACGAUCAUCUGCGAUCGGCGAAUACGGCCUUUCUGUAGCCAUUGCGGAUGUGGUGGAAAUAUGGGGUAACAGAGGUGGUGGACUAUGGCACUUUUUAUCCCCCACUGACAAUUCAGCCUUGGAUUCCUUUUGACAACAAUUGAAAUGAUGCUUUCGUGCUGAAUCACAGGCUCCAACAUGAACCUCAUGAAACUCAGGAGGGCACCCCCCAAAAUGAAACCAAGUCAACGACCCUGCUAACAACUUUCAAAUGACCACCCACCCCUUUUACAGCUGGAGGACCAACAGAGGCUAUAAAUUUCCAAUUUUGAACUGGAGAAGCCAAAUGUCUUUAAGAAUCUUAAACAAGUCCAGUUGCCCUUUCAACAAAGAAUUGGAUACACUUGAAAAUCUUCAUGAGCCUGCAUUACGCACCAACAGUCAGACAGAAAGUGAAAUAAUCUGCUUUGUCUCAAAGUCCGGUUCACAAAACUUACUGCACUUAGAUCUAUUCAAGCCCAAAUGCCCUUAAAGUUUGGUGAGUUUCCUCUUGUUUUUCUUCAAUUUUAGCUGAAAUUAACUGCUCUCUCAUCUAUCGAGCGCAAAUCUGUUCACUAAUAGAUGAUGAACUGAACGGGAGGAGGACACUUCUUACCAGAGUAUAUGAAAGGUGAAUACAAAUUUGUUACCACCGAAAAACUGUUUCCACCAACUGUCAACAGUCGGCACAAGAUUUCCCAGUAACCUUGCCAGUGUUUGUCAUGAAGAUUUUUGCAAUGAAAUGCAUUUCUUUGUUUCAAAUGAAUGUGCAAAUUGCACUCGUGCAUAAAGAUGCUGUUUGCUCUGCUGAGCAGUUAAGAUUUAUUCAACCCUUUGCAUGUGCUUUGUGAAUUUGUAAGUGCGAUUUUGUCUCAUUUGCACAAGUUUGGCAGGCACAAAAGCAGCACAAACCUUUGGAAGACUAAACGGCUGUGAGUUUGCUAGCCAAGUAGCCAGAAAACAUACCUUUUCAAUCUCUGCUAAACCUAGAUUAUGCAACCUGGAGGUCUUGCAGAUUAAAUCCACCACCUGUCAUUGCGUCCUCAUAUGACCACUAAAAACAAUCUGUUAUCUCAUGUACAGUACACCUUUAGGCAAACGCAAGCUCCCAGAGGAGGGAAUGGAGAUAAAAGAGGAUGAGUUUGACACAGUCCAGUGAGUGAGGACGAAGACAAAGCAGCGCAAAGGAGAAAUUUAGGAAGUACAUUUUUAGAGUGAGAGUCUACAGAGAAAUGUCAUUCUCCUUGGAUCGACAGCUUAUCUUCUUCCUGAAUGAGGCUGAAAGGUCAGGCAGGGACUUGGUAUAUAAACUAAAUGUAUCAAAGGUUUUAACAAGGUCUUUCACCCUCAAAUACAACACAGUUUGGGGAAUGUUUACCAAACCCUAGACCACUAAAGACGAAAUGAUGUCUUGGCAAUAACCUGGUUGUUCUCCACAGGAAAAAUAAGUUUAAAAUGAAAUGUAAGAUGUUUGUAUAGCUUAGUUCAAAACAAUGCUAAAAUGCUGUAGAAGCUUGGGUGUCAUAUUGUAGUUUGGGGUCAUAAUAAACUCAGUUGACAAUGCAAGACUACAACCAUGCAUGUUAACGUUGCUUCUCAGUCCAAUCUGGAUGGAACAUUUAUUGAGUCACCUUUUCAUAGAGAGAAGACCGUCAUCUCGUCCAUCUUUUAUGAAUCUUUAAAACUCUCAAAAACUUUGUGCUGAAAGCUCAAAAAUAGUUUUGACAUUUGGAUUUAAAGUUUGAUGUUGACCAUUGUAUGACAUCAGAUAUCUUUGUCAUACAAGAGAUGCUCCAACUUUAAACCAAUAUAGUAUGUAGUUAUUAAACAAUGGGCGAUCACUGAAGUUGAACAAGAUGUGGGAGCAAAGUUUGCAGAAAGUUUUCUUUUGGUUGUGAGAACAGUCACAGAAAACAGGCCAGCUGUUUUGGCCGCUUCAACAGGGACUCCUGUAAACAAGCUGAAAGAGCUGGAUAUGCAUCUCAAUUACCUGUGAAAUCUGGGACUGGGCUUUCCAUGAGGCCUUCCAGAAAACCUUGGAUUCCCAAGCAGCUAUGAUAGGGAGCGAGCCUCAUACCCUUUUUUUUGCAAAGGUAUAAUGUUUAAAUCAGUCUGUGCUAUAGAGCUUUGUAAAAAGUAACACCAACAAACUUUACGUCGCUGUACAAGCAGCUAACAGAUUAAUAGUGUUACCUGAGGGUUUUCACAAGCACCAGUCCAAGAUAAAGCCUUUUUUAGCAGAAAUCAUGCAAAACUAUUCUAUAGGUGUCCCAGACUGAUAAAGAGACCACACAUUCACUGUGAGUAAAGUGGUGAAUCAACAGACUAUCUAAAAUCAGCAUGGUCAGUUUACUUAAAAACAGAGUGAUGAGCUGUAAAAAGGAAACACAGUCUUAAUUCUAGGAUCCAGAUUCAGCUUUUGGUAUUUGCAAAGUAUUUAAAUGUUCAUGAACAAGACCUCAAAUGCUCUCCAGCAAAAACUGCACCCAUCAUGUAGCUGAACUUUAUCCCUUGUAGAGCAGAGAUUAAUUUUUUUGUCCCUGCAGUCAUCAGGAUGGUUGAUGUAAAAGAUGUCCUAAAUUCUUGGAAACAGGAGUACCAGGGUUACCUGGAAAUCCCAUGGGAGAUCUUGAACUCUUGAACUCUUGCUCUCGUAUUGCCUCUUUGUUUCGCCUCACUCAGGACAGGUCAGGUCACUUCGACAUUAGCUUCCUCCACCACACUGAAUAAUUUAGAAGAGGUCAUGAUGUUAUAUGUGUGUGCAUGCCUGUGCGUGUCCUUUUGUGUCUGGAUGUGUAUCUCAGCCAGCCAUGCUGUAUGUACGAUUGUUGAUGAAUUGCAUCAGUGAAGUGUAACAGAGAGGUUUCCUCGAUCUUCUUGGAGAAGCCCCGUGACCCACGCAGGCUCAGCUUUCAGGUGUGUGACUGAGAAAGGAUUGGCUGAAAACUGACUCAGUGUUUUGAGGAUGUUGUUUCCGUACUUCAGCGUUUGGAUGUUACAGCUACUAAACUCAAGCACCUCAGAUGAGGAGAGACUACAUAGGAGAUUUGGUGCACGUGUCAAUUUUAAAUACAUUGAAGAUAAUCUGGAGCAUAAAAUCGAAACUGAACAGACCUGCUGCUGUUGGUACUUGAUUAUAAUACCACCACUCUGGAGUGCGGGAGGAUGAUUUACAUAGUGCCAGAACUGUUGUCGUAGUGCUCGUGCUGGUAAAUAAAGAGCAUUUAUAGAUAUGACUCACCACACUCAAUGCAUCAUCCUCCUCUUCAAAAGGAUUUCCUGUAAAUAUAGACAUCUAUACCCAUGAUCAUGAAAAUCUGGGUUAGUAAUGUAUCCUGCAAACACAUAUAGUAAGAUGGGGUAUUGAGAUGUAUGUCAGUAUGUUUGAAAUUGUGAAAAAUGUGAUUUGAAUUCCCUGUUCAACCUGUCCUGCCCUUGCCUGUCUGGCAGUCGUGCGGUCACGGUUAUGGCUGAGGGGUUUGCUUUAGCUCUGUGCGCUCUUGAAUUACAGUGACAUCAGUCCACCAAUCUGCUGUGACAUAAGGGUCUGAAGUUACACCGCACCUGUACAGAGAGUGCACCCAUACAUCUUAGUGUCAUGAAUAAUAACUGAAGAGGUGAAGUCAGCGCGGUUCUCUUUGUUUACUUUGGUUAACUUUACCACCAAAGCCUCUGUGGGGCUCCACCUGUACCUUGCUUUAACAAAUAGCACCCCUUUUGUAUAACUUAAGACACUGUCCUAAUGAAUUUUUAAUAUAGACGGGAAAGAUGAGAACUUUUCAUUGUUACUUUUACUCUUUUUUUUUUUACUUUUGAAAUCAGAAACUCUUAACAGUUUGUAUGGUAAAGGGGGUCACACAGCAAUUUUUCAGAUUAAUUGUGUCUACGUUGUGGGGCACUGUGGCUGUAGCGUCAGUUAAUGUCUAAUGCUAUAAUGCUAUAAUGCUGUACUACCUGGAUGUAAACAAAUAGAUAACAGAUGGCAACUUAUAGCAUGAUGGGGUAUGGCAGCAUUAUGAUCUAGAAGCUGUAUGUAGGCUGUGAGCUAUGUAAUCUUGGUACACCCCUAGGCUUUAUCAAGUGUCAGUCAUAUAAAACAUGAACUUCUAAAAACUUUUAAAUGGAGCUGCACAGAAAAAAGAGCACUUGAGCACAAACCAGUCUAACAAUAACUACAUGUCAACAUCCAACCGGGGGGGAAGAAAAAAUUAUAUUUUGUGUAAUAAAUGUCUGAAGUUUGUCCACAGCUCCAUCAAAAAUGCUGGAGGAGGUGGGAUUUAUGACCUGUACUGCAGCCCGUCACCAGAGGGUGCUGUUCUCGCCAUGGCUUUACCCAGUUCUAGAUACAAUCUACGGUAAAAACGCUCAACUAGAACAAUGCAGAAUUAGCACAGGCAUUUGGAUGUUAAACUGUAAGGUGACAUGUACGCUGGUGGUGCUAGCGCUGCUGACAGUAGUCAAACAUCUGAGUCUGUGAUAAUGUGGUGUUACGUUGACUGCGCUCAGUCUCUCUGAAUUGUGAUAUCCCUUUAAACAAGUAAAUUUGUAGGCUCAGAACAUUCCUACAGCAAACCUGCUAACUGCUAACUGCUAACUCUCUGCUCAGGACCAGUGAGAGGAUGACCAUAGAAUGACCACUGAAUUUCCCCUCGGGGAUCAAUAAAGUUCUUCUGAUUUUUAUUUUUAUUCUUAGAUAGUCAUCGAUAGCUGGAUGUGGUUAAAAGGACCAUUUGAAACCAAGCCAAAACUAAUAGGAGAGUAAAUGCCACAUGCAGUAGCUUCAAAUUUUUGGAGUCAUCUCUUUAUUUCUGGUUCCUUGUGAUCAGAAGUUGAUGACUGCAGCAUGAAGUGUUGCUAGAGUCUUUUUCUUACUGUUUUGUCUAGUCAUGUUGGAAAUUCAGCAAAAGAUUCAGCACUUGUUGAGGCGAAAUUUGAGAUGGGUGACCUUAUUUCAGGUUACCAUAGGAUAGGAAGAAAUCACUGCGUUGACUCACUGUAUCCAUGAUAUUUUGAGGACCAGGACUAUUGUGAAGUAAAGGACAGGUUUCAAAAGUUUGAAAUCCUUUGACUGUCCUUGCUUCAACUCUAACUGACGUUCCCCCUCCACCGUGUUUUUGUCGAGUGCUCCCUCUUGUACAUCACUCUACCCUUUUAUCUCCUAUUUCUGUGCAUUAUAUUACUCAUUUUAUCCCAUAUUCAGAGACCCUUCCACCCUUCCUCCCGCUUUUUGCUCCAUGUCACAGUGGAGAGUGAAUAAUUCAUGUUCGGGCUGCUUGCUGGUGGAGAUGAAUCAUGUGAGCAGAGCAGGAUACACGUGCUCUUCUCUGAGUGACUCUUCUCUCCAAAGACCUCGGGACAGCGUAGGGGGAGCCACUGUGCUUCUCCACAGCUCUCUGCAGAGACCACUACUACAACUCCAUCCUGGCUGCAUAACAGGAUCAUCUUAGCUUUAUGACAGUCACACGUGAGCUCUGCCUUCAAAGCCAUGCGUGAGCCUCCCCAGAGACCAGGCAGUAGCUUCUCACUGUAUAUUUACACUCUGCAUUUAGUGUCUCUGUCAUUAGAGCUACAUAUAUUAUCUCAUAAAUUAUGUCUCUGAAAUGAUUCUACAUGUCAGCAUUUAGAUAAUAGAUCUCUUGGAAGAAUAGAUGUCUCUGUAGGGUCCAUUACAACAAUCUCAGCUUUGAUUUAUUGACUCCACUAUUUAUGUAUCAUGUUGGCAGUAACGAUGCCGAAGACGCCAAUCUCUAAAUCUUUUGUUUUUAAAUGUUGCAAUGUUGGCGAUUCAGAUUGGAGUUGGAGACAAUUUUCAUGAUGCUGGACAAAAUAAAGUUUUGUUGUAUUCUACUUUCAUUCUUUUACACAUAUUGCAUUUCAAAAACACAAGACUUCUCCACCCUGUCUCUCGCUGUGUCAACCCCUAUCUCACACAUUUUCAGUACUUGACAAUUAAGGUGUUUUUCAAAAUGAUAGAAGAGUAGUCAUUACCGAUUGAUGCGUAGGUUUGUUAACUUUUAAUUGUGGGCUUCUUGCCGAGAAACCCCUCUAGUACUUUGGCUCCCAACACUCUUUGUGGCACUGUUGCCUCAUCCUAGUCUUAGUGCCAUUUGACUUUUUUCAGUGUUAUUUUUCCUGACUUUAUUACCUUUAUUUGGAGAGCAUAGGGCAGGCGACUGUGAGAGAAAGAGGGGAGUGAUGUGUAAUCUGAAAACACUUGAUAUAUGACUCCAUUCUUAAACAAGUCCAUUUCUGUUGUCCAUAGCCGGGUGGGGAAAUUGCUACUCAGCAGCUGGUUUAUGGCCUCUUGUUGCAGUUGAAUUUGUGGCUGGUAAUAGAACAAUAUGUCGACCCCAUUUACAUGUCUGCCAUUUGAAUACUAAAAGUCUCGUGUUCUGCAGAUUCUGUCCUUUCACUCCUACACACACUUCUUUCUCUGGAGAAACUCCCAGCCUGAGCCGAGCUUACUGUGUCUCUGCACGCAUGUAUUCGUGACAGUUUGUUUAUAUCUGUGUGUGUGUGUGUGUGUGUGUGUGUGUGUGUGUGUGUGUGUGUGUGUGUGUGUGUGUGUGUGUGUGUGUGUUUGUGUGUGUGUACUAUUGUUUGCCUGAACUCUGCUGUCCUCUGAAGCUUGCUGUGUCCUGAUGCACACGUGUUCUCGCUUGAAGUAUUGACAUACUGCAGUGUUGAUGGACCCAGGACAACAAUUAUUCAUAUGGAGGGACCCUCUUGGUUUUUGUGCUGUCACGCUGCAUUAUCGGUCUGCUUGGCUGCUUGACUUGCAGUUGUAUAUCAGUUUACUGGAGUUGUAGAAAAUAAACCAAGUUGCAUAAAAAAUGUGUUUUUAAAAUCUGCGUGUGCUUAUUCAAAAAAUAUUUGUUAGUGUUGCCAUGUUACCUGCUGUGUUGAAAAGACAUUACUAUUUAAUAAUAGACAGAAGGGUAUUUGACUGAUCUCAAGCCACAGCCAGAGAGGGAGAAGGAUUCCCAGUUUUGGAGCCUCAGGUUUCCAUCUUCCAUCCAUCAAUCCUUCUGCACAUGAUGUGGUUCUGGUUCUAUCAGGCAAAAGUGCAAAGUGAUAUGGAUGAAGGCCAGAACCUCCAAGUAGGAGGCCAUGAUUCUCUUCCAGAAAAGGUUGGUUCGCUUUCUCUCAGUGGGGAGUGAGUCCUGUCCCCGAGUGACUGAGUUGAAGUUUUGCUAUGUGGGCAUUGUACUGAAUCAUUGUGAUGAAAAGGGAGGUGGGCUUUUAGGAAAAGCUUUUGGUUUUCCAACAGUCAUCUUUGGAGGUUUUACCUUGCCACUGUUCCCUACUAAACAACACUAUCCAUCUGAUUGUUCUAUGAAUCAGAACUGAACUGGGCAAAAAAGCGUUCAGUUUUGCUGCCACUUCGGCAUGGAAUUCUCUGCAGACUGACCUGAAAUUGUCGUAAUCAAUUUCGCUCAAAGCAUUUCGUUCAAUCUUACAUGACAGACUUUGAGAGACCAUGGAACAGUGCCUGUGUUUUUAAUUAUGUCUCUGGAAGUCAUUUUUUUCUUCUUUAUUAUUGUUUAUUGUUGUCAUGUGUGUUGCCGACCUCUUGGCCAGGUCACUCUUGUAAAUAAGAUCUCGAUCUCAAUGGGUUCUUACCUGGUUAAAUAGAAAAAUUGAUAAAUAAAAAAACAAAGUGUUACUCUCAUGUGGAUGAUAGGAAGAUAGGAGUGGGUCUGAACUUACAAGAUGGAGCUCAAUCUUAUCCCAUCUGUCUUUAUUGGAUGGCAUUUGCUGUAAAUUGCCCUGGGUUAGGGUUGAGGUUAUAAAUAAAAAUUGAUUAAUUAAUCACAAGCUUUCACCAAAAGAAUGACAUCAUAAAUACAAGUGGCAAAAAUAAGUUUCCUUUAUAGUGUGGCUGGACAUCUAUAGGGAGCACUGAGCUGCUAGAAAGGAGUGAGCUGAGGCAGUUAAAGUAUCAGAUGAGGAUGCGUCCUGGGCAUAUCCCUUGAGGUUUUCCACGCAUGUUCAACUGAGAGGAAAACUCGGAUCAGAUUCAAAAGCAAUGAAGGGAUUACAUACAUAUCCCAUCCUGCCUUGUAAUGCCUGGGGAUCCCCCUGAAGGAGCUGGGACAGGGCGACUUGCUAAGCUCCAUUGCCUACGGCGCUGGAUGGAUGGAUGGAUGAGUGGGUGAAUGGAUGGAUGAACUACUAAGAGAGCAGUAGAGAUAGUUGGUAUUGGUAGAAAAAAUCUGUUUUGGCGAUAACAUCUCAAAAUGCUCUUGUCUAUCUUUGUUUCUCCAGGUCAGCCGCUGCUUGAAACCAGGAGGACGAUUCGUUUCUGUGACCUUUGCUGACCCCUUCUUCAGGAAACGCCUCUAUGCUAAAACGGAGUAUGACUGGUCCAUUAAGAAGUACAGUUAUGGGGAAGGCCUGGAGUAUUUUGUGUAUGUAAUGACCAAAGGAGAGGAGCUCAGCCCUGAAGAUGCAGCUUUGGAGAAAAAACUGCUUGAAGACACCGAACCCAAACCACCAACGGUUUCCUCAGCUCAGAGUGAGGAUGAGGAGGACUUCAUCGCUAACAUUGACAUUUAGGAUAAAACUGCAUCAUUUUAAGCAAUCUUUGGGUGUCCAGGAUUUUUAACCUAACCUGUGUUGUAAAUAUGGAAUAUACAAAAUUGUGAACUAAAUUAUGCAAUGACUUUUCUAAACAGAACUGAAUGGAUGCCCAAAGUCUCCUCCUACAAAGUCUUAUUCUGGAGGUGUAUUGUUACGAACAUGAAUUUAACAAUUUUUAUGGUAUUUUUUAUACAGUCAGUUUAAUUUUAAUUACCAGGGACUGAUUUGCACUCAUGUUAUCUGAGUCAUUUUGCAUUUUUUUCUGCCUGUUAUGAUAUUCUGAGGCAGUCUCUAUCAGCUUCUGUUCUGAUGUGCUUCUUAAUUGAAUCUUUUAUCUUUCAUAAAGCAAUUUUACAUCUCACAGUCUUCAUCUUUUCUGUCUUUUCAUCAAAUAGAUUCACCAGUCUGAUUUCUGUGGUGCUGGUCAAGACAUGCCAGUGUUAAACAAUUUGUAAGACGAACUGGCAUGGCUAGACACAGUACAUAAGAGCGCCAUCAGCCUGCAUGUGAAAAUCAGCGUUGAGGCUUGUUAAUAUGUCAGUCAGAGUCGAAUAUUCUUAAGGGGUCAGUCCCACGCCUGUUUUAGAUUCCGGACAAAAGCUGCUAAUGGAGAUUUGCAGUGUUUGACACAGCUGUCAAGCACACAGGAAUUGAGCAUGUAUACACACACCCACACCCUGACAUACAAGUGGUAGCCUUCCCUGCACGUUAUUUGUUGAGGAAACAUGAGAUGAGUCUCAGGUCCUGUGCUUUUGGCUGCUUAAAUAUAGACUAGAGAGAGAGAGAGAGAGAGAGAGAGAGAGAGAGAGAGAGAGGCGUGCAGACAGGCAGGAAGCCUGGUGGCUGGAGGGGAGGGGAAGGGGGGGCACAUUGAUAAAGUAGAAAUCAUUUAUUUUUAAUUUCUUCACUGAGAUGUAAUUACCGCCUAUUUUUAAGACCUGAAAAAAUGUAUGUGAUUUUUCAGAUGGCUCUUCUUUGCUUCUCUGGUUUUUCUGUGGGUGUAACUUGAUAAUUUUGACAUUGUUAUAAGCAAAAAGUUCUCCCACAAGUCCAGUUUAGCAGCUUUCUCACAGUGCUAGUCUUUCUGGUACUUUUUAUUAUGAAACACUCUUCCUGAGCAAAAAGGAGUGCACCAAGCAAGAGACUGAUAUUCAGCCCCUCAUCAGCAAAUGUUACCUGUCUUGUCAAAAGUCGGUUGGUUUUAUAACAUUAACCCUGCUAAGUUUGUGUUACUUACUAACCGAGUCUGAAGCUACACAUCCCAGGAUAAGAGUCCACAUUCUCUCCAAGUGCUUCUCCAUGAAGAAGACAGUUUGACUAACAGUGUGGAUUGUCUUUUGCAGGUAUGUAGAGCUAGUAUGUUCUGGUUUCAUAAGUACAAGGAGGAGGAAAAAAAACAGAAGACAAAGGUGUUAAUUUGCCAGCUGGUUGCUUUGUUGUAGUUAAUUUCUUCAGAUCCAAAAAAAAGCCUCCUACAGUUACUAAUGUGACUGUGGCAGCCAAAAGAAAUUGUCAAAACUUCAAGUAGCACAAAAUAAAGCUGCAAGACUGGCUGUGGCCUGUCCAUCAGGCGUGAGGUUCAGCACAGAGAGUCCACAUGCCAGUUUUUCAUGACUUAGAGUAGACGAGCAGUUGGAAUGCAACCUGAUUAAUUUCUUAAGGAAUGUCUGUUUUUCAGCGAACAGCCAAACUGUCUGCUCUCUUGAGUAGAGAUACUCACAGUCAUGAAGGGAUCUGAUAGGCUGCUCUGGGUAACAUGGUCAAGCACAAGCCCAGGACUGAUGCAGUGUGUAGAUCUGUGAUAUAUAGAUAUAUAACACUGUGGUAAAAUUUACCUAGAGUCCUAAAUGAAGUGCCUAGGCGUGCCAGCUUUAAAAGACUGAUAAAAAAAACAUUUUAACAGCCUUUGACAUGUUUGUUGUAUUUAAAAUAGUGUUUUAUGUUGUUUUUGCAUAUAUUCUUGUUGUAUCUUAUGUUUUUAGUAUGUUGUACUUGAUGUUUGUUAUGUUUGUUGGAUUUAGACCCCAGGAUCAGUAGCAGCUAAUAUUGAUCUGAAUAAAGGAAUAAUCUGUAAGUAAACAUUUUGAGUUUUCUGCGGAGGAAAAAUGCACGUUAAUUUUUUGUUUAAAAGUUAGGAAUUAUUUUAUGAUGAGCCGUACUUUACCAACAAGUUAACUGGCUGUAAACAUGUUCACUUUUUUCUGAAAAAGGGGUUUUCGACUGGUUGUGUAUGCGACUUCUGUUUUUUUGUUUUUGUUUUUUUGCAGCCAGCCCCAAGUGGACAGUUAAGGAACUGCAUUUUUAGCAUCCGCAUCAGCUGCAUUUCUCCAGACUGGAAGUUGCUGCUUGGUGCUGAUAAGUGGAUGGAGUGCUGUGCCUAUUUGUGACAAGAAGGUUAAAAGAACCUUGCACCUAUUUGAUGCAGCAGGGUGCUUAUGUAAGUGUCCUGGGGUUUGAUAUUGACAACAGCGGCUUAGGGGUGCAGAUCAGUCACACUGCAGGAUUGUGAUAUAUAAAACAUUUGAUAGAUUCAACACUCAGUGCGGAUGGAUGGAGGCUGGUGUGACGGUGAAAAUGCAGACAUGGUUUAUCUGACGCAUUCUCUUUUUGUUCUUCAAAGCAUGUUGCAUUCUGCCCUUUUCUCAUCUGGACUAAGUUUAGUCUCACUGCUGUUUCUGCUGUUGCAAAAUUUAGAAAUAUUGAAAUUCAGCGCUCUUUACAUAUGGUUUUCUGCUCCCUUAGCUUGACUGAGUGAUGAGCAAUGGCAGAGACCUCAACAGUGAGAUUUAACUUGACUGGACUUUAGUUAUAUAAUCACAGAGCAGGGCACAGGCCUCAUGCAGGAGAGGUUUAGUCAUCAUUUUUCUCUUAAGCACAGGCCGUUUUUCAUCUCGUGCAUUUUUUUUGUUCCCUCAGCUGAUCACCUGAGUCAUCCAGGUGUCUUAAGGCCAUGAUUUAAUAUAGUGUGCUGUGUCUUUAUAUACGAAAGCAGAGCCAGAGUUUUCUCUCCUGCUGCUAAUUGUCCUCCAUGCUUUGUUGCUCAAGGGCAGCAACAUCACUAAUCUACCGCAUGCUCAAUAUUUUUUCCCUCUCACUUUGUCUCUGUGUUUCUGCCUCUGUUUAACUCUCUUCUUACCACCAGCAGCUCCACCUUGUCCUCUGUGUCUGCAUCGAUCGGCCCUGAGUGCUCGGAUGUGUGGGUGUUAUGUGAGGACUUGUACAAGUCAAAAGGUUGACUGCAUACUUUAACAAAUCUCUGAGUAAUAGUUACCACAUUGUGUUACUUUGUAUUCAAACUUCAUCUUGACAGCACUAUAGCAUAGCCUAUUUGUAUUCCCUAAAUAUACCCGCUCUGAUUUGUUGCUGCACCCAGUGUAUCCUUCAAUAUCCUUUAGGGACAUUUUCUUUUCUUCUUACAACCAAGGUCCUGCGUCAUGAAGAAAUUCUCCAGCUGUUCAUUUCUGAGGUCUGGGCAUGCAGCAGCAGAUAUUGAAAAGUGUGAUUAUUUUACCAGCCAGUAUGCGGGGUAGAGCCUCUUUGGAAUUUUUUUCAUGGAUUAUUUCAAGGAGAUGUGUCGUUUUAGUGUUCUGUUGUGUCAGAACCAGGGAUUGACAGAUCAGGGCUGAAGUUCUGGUCCAAAAUUGUGGUAUUAAUUAAUUGAGAUUGCAUGCUAUUCGGAGACACUGGUUAAGCUGCUGCUGUUGCUUGGAUGGUCACUGGAGCUCCUAAAAAGAGUUGUGUGAAAAACAGUCGUAUUAACAAAGAUAUUAGAUGUCGGAGUGGAAUCAUGAUUAUCUUGGAAUGACUGCACACCAUAUUGGCUCCAGUUGGACAUUGUGCGUAUGUACAUCUGCAUGUGAAACAGUCUUAUUAUUUAAAAGAAAUGCAACUCAUGAAAGAGGCAGAUAGAGCAGACUGAGGAGAUGUGAGUUCAAAGUUAGCACUGAGAUGCAAACAACACAAUGUUGUAUCAGUUUUAAUCAUCAAUUGAAAAUGCAAAAUUUGUUCAGCUCUUUGCAGUUGGAGUGUAAAGGAACAGGAACUGCAGAUUUCUAAUGUGGCGUUGUUGCAGAUUGGAAAAGUUAAAACUGCUUAAAUUUUGACAGUAGAAAAGGAUCAAGUAACAAUGAAAUCAAGUAGUUUUUCUCAUGUUUGCUGUUGAGUCACUCCAAUCAACAGGGAGUUAACUUUGACAUUUUUUGUGCUUCAUUUGCUGAGGUUCACUUGCAAAGCAUAUGCAAGGACACAUCAUCAUUAGCAGGCUCAUUUUCAGUUGUUUUGUCAGCUUGGAUUGUUCCAUAAGGUGAAUGGAACAAAGAAAGCAAAAUUGUUUUCAUAGAAUGAUUGAAAAUCUCUACUGUACUUUAGUCUGUUUGUUAAAAAUAAAUGUCAAAUGCAAAAGAAAAUACAAAACAAUGUGACAGUAUGACCAUUAUUAGAAGAAAACUUGUAAAAAUAGCAAUGAUAACUCUUAAGAGUGGAAAGUAUUUUUUAUGGUCCAAUCAUCAUAAAAGUACUAAAAAUGGUCAGUAGCUGAGCCGAACUUGAGUUCUUCAUUAACCUACAGCUGUAAACCAGAGUGAUUGUGAUGAGGAAUCAUCAGUUCUCUUUGCGAGUGUAUUGCAGUGUGCUGUAGUCGAUGUAGUAAGGACGAAGAGAAAGCUCUGCCUCUGCUUUCAGCAGCUCUGUAUAUCGGCCUGUCUCCCUUGGGGCAGUAUAAUGGCAUGGUAUACUGUAUGUCAGGCUUAUGUAACUCUGGAGGAAUAUUAAUGGAUGUCCACUCAGGAUGGGACAAAAGUGGAAUCAGAUCAAAGCUGUUUGUCCUCUCUGCACAUGCUCAGUUUGAGCUUACAACUGAGUGUUUUUGUUCGCUGUGUGUGUGCUCAUGUAUUUAGUAAAGAUAGCAGGAAAAAAAACACACAACAAUAACACUCAACAUGCGGCUUUGGCAUUUGGUCUGUUUGUCAGUCAUGAUUAUAGAUCCAUCUAUUUUAUUUCUGCAUCAACAGUUUGGACAUUUGGGGGAUGUGUUAACUUUUCUGCGAUGGCCCAGAACAUUUUGAACUCCCAUCCAAAAAGGAUUUUUAUGGAGGCUUGACUACAUUUUCAGCUCAAGCUACCAGUCACCUGACCUCUGACCUUAAAGCCGCAGACAGACAGAUGCAAUGUCACAGGGCAAAUCAAUGGAUUAUAAUCAUUCUCAAAGGAGAGUAGAAAAUCCAGCCUAGAUUAGCAUGAUGGAUGUGCAGCAGUGUUGUUUGACCAUUCCCACUGACUCUAUUUCCAUAGAAACAACUUGACCUCAACUUUAUGCUAAUAGAUCUGUCUAGAGCAGCACACUAUGCUUGGCUUACUCAGAUCCAACUUUGAACUAAGCUGUGCUAAUCAAAUAUAAAUCUAGAUAAUGUUCCUGUGUCAACAGUUUUGCAUCUCAGGGGGUCACCAGAAACAUAACAGAUGUCUGUUUAGCCAUAAAAAGAGAACAUUUGUUCCUCAAUUGUACUUUUUUCUGCUUUGCACAACAGCCAAAAUCAAGAAAUUCAAUAUUUAUGUCUGCAUAUAUUGUUAUUAGAAUAUCUUCUUUGAAUCAGAACUAUAGCUCCAAGACUUUGUUUGGACAUCUCUGUUAUCCAUUGUUUGGAUAACAAAGAGUGAUUUUUUAAAGAACUUAAUUAUUUCUUUACAUUUAUAAAAGAAAAUGUGACAAACUGGCCCAAUGUAAUAUUUACAAAAUAGAAACUAAAUUUAUGUUUGCUUGUGUGGGGUCAAUGAAUCAAAUUGUAAAUCCUACACGGCAAUAAACAAGAUAUUUUGCAAACCAGCAUUACAGUACUUUUAAGUUUUGUGAUAAAAUCACAAACAUGUUAACAAAAAUAUUUAUUUAAAGAUGAUUUCAUUGAUCUAAAAUUGACAUACGGUGUGUACAGCUGAUGACUUUUCACUGUCGGCGACAAUAUGGCCAAGAACCCCCCCAAGCUGCCCUUGUGUCUGUUCCCAGUCCCUUUUUUGCCACAUUGUCAACAGGCAGAAAGGAAAUGUAUUAGUUUGAUACGACAUCUUUCGGUCCCGACUUGUGCUUUUGUUGUUGAGAAUGAAUCACCAUAGUGACGGGGAUUAGACCAAUCAGAACUGAGUAUUUAACACUGUCUGGUAGUAACUCUUGCACUUGCCACACGACUUUAUUUGACUGUGUGAAGUUAGCCUUGUUUACAAAUGCACUUUGUACUCUUUGUUAGUGCAGGGUGGAGAUAUAGGACCAGACACAAUCUGAUUUUUUGUUAAUUGUGACAUUUAAAGGCACAGAGCCUUUUAGACUACAUAGACUUUUUCACUCAUACAUAGAAAUGUUCUGAUUUAAAGAUAUUUGAUGGGAUACUCCAGUCUCAAGUUAAAUUAUAAGGUUACAAGUCAGCAUCAAACCAGUAAUGGGUUAGUAGAAGCAGUCUUGAUAGUGAGACAGCGUAAAUUAACAGUCACAACCACAGUCACAAACAUCACAGGGAGAGAGGUAGAGUGGCGCUAACAUGGUUCAAUAUUUGCCCAAAUAUGUCCAUCCUCUUCCGGGCUUCCAGGGCUGCCCAUUACUGUGAAAAGUGUAAUCGACCAUGACCGCGCGCACUCAGACACACACACACACACACACACAGCAUUAACAGCAACAACAAAAACA